AGGAAGAAGGGAAGGAAGGAAGGAAGGAAGGAAGGGAAGGCCGGCCGGGGGAGACGGCGGCGGAGGAGGAGGACGAAGGGGAGGCCCGGGCGGCGCGGUCGUCGGGCGGGGGGCGGGCGGGCGGGGGCCCGGGAUGGCGGCCAAGUCGGACGGCGGGGGCGGCGUGGGCUUCUCGCAGCUGCACAACCUGGACGAGCCCCCCCGGCGGCCCCUGCACGCGGCGGCCCACCACCUGCACCGCGCGCCGCACCCGCACGCGCACCCGCACCCGCCGGGCGUCCCGCUGCGGGGCUCGGGCCGGGGCUGCUGCGGGGGCGGCGCGGGCGGCGAGGAGGACGACGAGGACGAGCCCGGCGGGAGCAGCUCGGUGCACAUCUGCCACUGCUGCAACACCUCGUCCUGCUACUGGGGCUGCCGGAGCGCCUGCCUGCGCCACCUCCUGGGCCGGGCCUCGGGCGCCGCGGGGGCCCGGCGAGGGGGAGCCGACCACCCGGGCCCCGGCGGAGAGCCCGCCUCGCCCUCGGCCUCGCCCGCCCCGCCGCAGCCCCCGCCCCGGGCCUGGCUCGACUGCCUCUGGAUCGUGCUGGCGCUGCUCGUGCUCCUCGGCGACGUGGGCACCGACCUCUGGCUGGCGCUCCACCACUACGGCCGGCGGGACUACCUCUUCUGCGGCCUCACGCUGGCCUUCGUGCUCCUGCCCUCCGUCCUGGUCCAGAUCCUCAGCUUCCGCUGGUUCGUGCAGGACUACACCGGCGGCGGGCUGGGCGCCGUGCAGGGACUCACCAGCCGCGGGCCCCCCAUGAUGGGCUCCGUCGGGAGAAGGGCCACCCGCCCCGGGGGACUCGGGCCACCCGCCUCCGCCGCCGCCGCCUCCCAGCGCCUCUGCCGCCUCUCCGUCUGGAUCUGGCAGUCCGUCAUCCACCUGCUGCAGAUGGGACAGGUCUGGAGGUAUAUCCGAACAAUGUACCUGGGGAUCCAAAGCCAGAGACAAAAGGAACACCAGCGGCGCUUUUAUUGGGCUAUGAUGUACGAGUAUGCAGACGUCAACAUGCUGCGUCUCCUGGAGACUUUCCUCGAGAGCGCCCCUCAAUUGGUGCUACAGCUCUGCAUAAUGAUCCAAAAGAACCGAGCAGAAACCUUACCAUGUUUGUCCUCUAUGGCCUCCCUGAUGUCCCUGGCUUGGGUGCUAGCCUCCUAUCACAAGCUUCUUCGGGACUCUAGGGAUGACAAGAAGAGCAUGAGCUACAGAGGGGCCCUUAUCCAUCUCUUCUGGCGCCUCUUCACCAUCUCAUCCAGAGUUAUCUCUUUUGCCCUCUUUGCUUCCAUCUUCCAGCUCUAUUUUGGGAUCUUUGUCGUGGUCCACUGGUGCGCCAUGGCCUUCUGGAUCAUCCAUGGCGGGACGGACUUCUGCAUGUCCAAAUGGGAGGAGAUUCUCUUCAACAUGGUGGUAGGGAUCGUGUACAUUUUCUGCUGGUUUAAUGUCAAGGAAGGGCGGACCCGAUACCGAAUGUUUGCCUAUUACACCGUAGUCUUGACAGAGAACGCGGCCUUGACGCUCCUUUGGUAUUGGUACCGAGAUCCCGACACCACUGACUCGUACGCUGUGCCAGCACUUUGUUGUGUCUUUCUUAGCUUCGCCGCCGGGAUCGCGCUGAUGCUCUUGUAUUACGGCGUCCUGCAUCCCAUGGGGCCGAGAGCUAAGAUCUUUGCCAGCUCCUGUUGCGCCGAGUUGCUCUGGGGCAUUCCUUUGCCCCCUGACAUUGAACCCAUGGCUCCGCAGACCCCUGGGUACAGGGCGGCCCAGGCUACGCCGACCAGAGCGGCCACGGAGCAACAGGAGGAACCCACAGCCGACACUUGCUUGCCAGUUUUCCAAGUGAGAGCCAUGGUGCCAUCGACUCCGUCCGGGAGACCCUACCACCCCGAAGGCCCUCUCAUUAAGAUAGACAUCCCACGAAAGCGGUACCCGGCUUGGGAUGCCCAUUUUGUAGACAGGAGGCUGAGAAGGACUAUAAACAUUCUCCAGUACGUCACCCCCACCGCUGUAGGAAUUAGGUACAGAGACGGACCUCUCUUGUAUGAAUUGCUACAGUACGAAUCUUCACUUUAAAAGCUCCUUCAAACACAGAUUCCACACAUAUAUACACACACACACACAUACAUACAUACACACACCUACAUACACCGUCACAGACAAACAAACACAUAAGUAAACAAACAAACAGAAAUUAAAAGGAGGGGAUUUGGGGGCGGGAAGGGUUGGGUUAAUUGUUUACGGUCAACACAGCUCAUGAAACUUACCUUCCAAUAAGUUUUCGUUCUGGUUGCAGUAUGUCUUUCCAAAAAGCAACGAAAUAGUAAUACUAAUGCUAAUAAUAAUAAGAGAGAGAUCCUCUAUGUUUUGUAGGUAAAAACAAAAAGAAAAACUUUCCUUUUUGUUUUUUACGCACAGGAGAAAAACAACAACACAAACCAACCAGUAUUUCAAAACUUCCACACUUUAGAGGCCGGGGAAAACGCGAACGCCCUCCUCCGCCUCUGAGUUUUAUACCUUACACCAAGUGUAGGACAUUAUUAUAUCAUAGGGAUUGGUGCUGAUUGAAAAAUAAUAAUAAUACUACUACUAAUAAUAAAAAAAUAAAACAAACAAACAAAAAAACCUACAACUGCCUUAUGCCCUUAGGUGCUGAGUUUCAUUAUGUACUGUCACCUCCCUCAUGCAAAACUCUGAUGAUUUUAAGGACAGAGAUAGAUAUAUAGAUAUAUGUAUGUAUAUUUGAAAUGUGUAUAUAUAUAUACACACACGGGCGUGUGUAUAGAUAUAUGUAUAUAAUCUAUUCUAAAAAUAUGAAACUAGACAGAAAAAUAAAUAUCAGAUGAAAAGAAUAUAUAAAGGGUUUUUAUCCGAUUGGCACAAAAAUGGCCAAAACGAUCGCCCCCCGGAUAAGCAAAUGACCAAGUUCUGCUUGAAGAGGGACGAUCAAGGCUGUAUUUAUAAUUUGGCACAGAGGUUAUUUUAAUAGUACAUAUUUAAAUUCUGUUUGCUCAGGCCAGUCUGAACUAUGUUUGUCAUGUCAUGACUGCAUCCCUGACGUGGAGGGGGAAAAAUGGGGGUGAUUCUUUAUGAUUCACUGUACUUAGCUUGAAUCUCAGGGUGUAAUCCUUUUUUCUUUCCAAGCCAAUGAAAAGCCAGCUUUUGACGGGCACUUUCCCAAAGCCAAGCAAUUCGCAUGCUGUUGGUGUAUCUUUUCCGGCGGAUUUGUUACCCCAUGCAUUCAAAUGGAGCAAAAUCACUCAAUUCAGUGAGAUCCCCUCCUUCCUUCCAUUUCAUUGAAUGGGGAAUCUAUUGAAAAAAAAUGUUGAAAUUUGGGUGGUUUUUUAUUGUGUUGAGAAUAUACUGCAAGUCACUUCUGGUGUGAGAGACUCGGCCGUCUUCAAAGACGUUGCCCAGGAUAUGUUACCAUCCUUCUCUCAUGUCCCUGCAUGGGAAGCUAGAGCUGACAGAUGGGAGCUCACCCCAUCUUGCGGAUUCGAACUGCCGACCUUCAGGUCAGCAGUUCCGCCGCCACAAGGGUUUAACCCAUUUUGCACCAUUGCGGGUGGUGCCCGUUUCCGAGAGCAAGUUAUUUCAUUGGCUUUCUUUUCCCCCUUGCAAUUGAUAUUGGGAUCAAAAAGCAUCAGAAUUUGAAAAGAAACUUGUCUGGAUUUCUGGAAGUACAUUUCAGAUGGAACAAAAUACCAAAAAAAACAAAAACAAGAGCUUCAAAUAUUUCUUCUUUUUUUAAAAAUGUUCCAUGAUUGCCCUUCCCUCCCUAACGACCAUUCUCAGUCUUAAUCAAACUCAGCAUAGUAGCAAAAAGAAAGUUAAUUUAAAGGCACAGUUCUUAAGCUUUGGCUGGUAACCUGCAGGCGUCAUUUUUAAGGCUGUUUUACAAAAAAAAGAGAGAAAAAAUAGGAGGGAAAUGUGAAUUGAACCUGCUAAUAAUGAUGCAUUUCAUUUCUGUUAAGGGCCUUAAAGUGAUCUUAAGAGCGUUCCAUGAUUUGUGCAUGUUUUAUUCUUUUCUGCUUUCUAAAGAAAACAACCAUGGAAAGUGGAGAAUUGAGGUGUCUCGGGUGAAAAUUUGGUGCUUAACUCUUUCUAUUGUUUAUUGUUGUGAUGGUUUAGCCAAGAAAUUGUCCGACCUUGUUCAUUGCAUUUCCUUUCUCCUCCCGGGGAGCUGCAGACACUUACUGGUUUCGGCGGUACGGAAACAGAAAAGAAACGACAACGAUGCAUCCAAACAACCCCGAACAACGUCAACACUUCUGUGUCUCGGCUCGCUGGGAAACCUUUUUUUAGAGAAACGCAAACUUUGUGUGAAACGUACAUGAUGUCCGAAGGUUUACACGAGAUUCCCUUUCUUUCCUGUGUCUGGGCUGGAAACGGUAGAGUUGUGCAUCCAUAUAUUGUUCAGAAAUCCAUAUUGUUUUGUUAAAGGUGGAUAUUUCUUUUCCCUUUCCUCUCUCAUGUAGGGAAUCUUGUUCUUUCCUUUACUUGAGUUCUCGGCCUCAAAGACUGAAGGGGGAAACGGGCAAACCAACAAAAGCUUGCGUUUACUUCUGCAAAAGGGAUUGCAUUUUCGGUGUCUGUAGGUGCAAUUCUUUCUUCUUCUUCUUUUUUAGCAAAAGGAAAAUCAAAAAAUACUGUAAUGUGUUUAAAAUGUCGAAAUAAUAAUAAUUAAUCACCCCAAUUGAUCCAUUCGAAAUACAAGCUCAACUGAGGAGAGGUGCAAUUUGGAUGACUUGUGCGUAAUUGCUUUUGUAUAAAACAAAAAGUUUUAAUUUGCAAAGACUUUUUUUCUUUAGAGAAAAAGUCAUACCAAUUUGAUCUUUUCCUUUUUCUGAAGCUGGAAGGUUUUCACCUGAAUAUACCUGAUGGAGAAAACAACUUUUGCAAAGGAGACGUGCUUUGCAGUGGCCUGGGCAUUAUUAUUAUUAUGACUAGCACUAUUCUUCUUCUUCAGUAUGCUUCAAAAUAAAGGGGAGUUGAGAAUUUAUUGCCAGAUGCACAAAUGUCCUAAAAGAUUUUAAACCAAAUUUUUCACUGGUCUCAGGGCAAUUGAUAUAAUUCUUCUAUGUCUAGCACCUCUGGGCUUCUUGUUGUGAUUUGUUCAAUAAGCAUAUUUAAAUUAUUUAAAAUUUGACUUAAUUUUGUUUGUUUUAUUCUCCUCUAUUGUCAUACCCUUGCAUUAUCCUUAUUUCCUAGGGAUAAGUAAAGGUAAAAGUUUCCCCUUGACUCUGGGGGUUGGUGCUCAUCUCCAUUUCCAAGCCGAAGAGCCGGCGUUGUCCACAGACACCUCCAAGGUCAUGACCACCAGAUUGAUCUACUCACAUUUGCAUGUUUUCGAACUGCUAGGUUGGCAGAAGCUGGAGCUAACAACAGGAGCUCACCCUGUCCCAAGGAUUCAAACCACCAACCUUCUGGGCAGCAGGUUCUGCAGCUUAACGGUUUGACCCACUGCACCACCUUAUAUUCCCAGAUAUUUCUGGGGAUAUCGCCUAUUUUAAGCUCCACCCCUCUAUUUUAUUUUAAUUCAUCUUUCUCCCAGCGUGAGACCACAGGUAGCUACCAAUUCAAUACUAAUAAUAAUAAUAAUAAUAAUAAUAAUAAUGUUUAUUUAUAUUCUGCUCUAUCGCUCUGAGGGGACUCAGGGCAGACUACAGAACACAUAUACGGCAAACAUUCAAUGCUGUUAUACAAUUAACAAGGACAGACAAUACAUAGACAGAGGUAAAGGCUUUUCCCGUCUUUUCCAUUUCCAGCAUCUUGGAGGCUGUGCUCGACUCUAACCAUAACGAUUUACUGUCGCUCUAUCUUCCAUGUCAUCCUUAGAUGUCCUCAUGAUCGAAUUGCCAGCAUGUCCUUAUGAACGCCUUUUAUUAGCUCCCCACUUAAAGCAGUACCUAUUUAUCUACUCACAUUUCUGUUUUCGAUCUGCUAGGUGAGCAGGGAGCUGGAGCUGAUGGCAAGCACUCACCCCAAGUCAGACUUGAACUGCUAACAUUUUGAUCAGCAGGAUUUUCUGCAGCUUUAUUUAUUUAUUUAUUUAUUUACAGCAUUUAUAUUCCGCCCUUCUUUCUCACCCCGAAGGGGACUCAGGGCGGAUCACAUUACACAUAUAGGCAAACAUUCAAUGCCUUUUAACAUAGAACAAAGACAAGACAAACAUAGGCUCUGAGUGGGCCUCGAACUCAUGACCUCCUGGUCAGAGUGAUUCAUUGCAGCUGGUUGCAGCUGGCUUGCUCUCCAGCCUGCGCCACAGCCCGGGCAGUUUAACCCGCUAUGCUAAGCCUGGCCCCUUUGAUAAAUACAAACAAGUCUUUUUUGGGAAUCCAAAAUGCUUUGAAAUCUUUAAUUAAUUAUCCACAUGGGUGGCUGAGACAUUAGCAGAUUUGCUUUAUGAUGAUUCAAACUGUGUCUCAUGCACAACAUUAUUGUAUAAAAUUACUUUUGGGCUGUUUAAGGAGCAUGUACAGAAUCCAAAAUUCAGACAAAUUCAAAAUACAACACUUCUGGUCCCAAGCAUUUUGGAUCAACCUUCACAUGAAAUAUAAAUAAUGUUUAGACUGGGCUAUUAUCUCCAAGGUUGGAUCUACGCUGCCAUAUAAUCCAGUUUGAUGCAGUUAAUCUGCAUCAAGAAACUAGGUUACAUGGCAGUCUAGAUGGUCUGAAAUAUUUCAAAAUCUACAGAAAUACGAAAUCCCAAACACAUCUGGUCCCAAUAAAGAGGCCCACAGAUAAAGAGCAGGCCAAGAAAAUAUGGGGGCGAAUAUUCUUUGGAAAAGAAGAAAAGUACUGGUUGCUGCCUUUUAUCCUAAAAACUUAGAUUUUGGAGGGGAUUUCAGAUUACCUUUAUAGUCCUUUUUUUGAAGCUGAGAGUGUGUGAAGUGAAGCCUGGUCUCCAUUGCACUACAAACCCCAUAUAUAUAUAUAUAUAAUUUUAAUAAUUAUUAUAUUUUAUCCUGGAGGUUCUAUAAAAAUAAAAAGUCAUUCAAUGAUCAUUAUGGCAGCAAAAUCAAGUCCAUUAUUAUUAUUAUUAUUAUUAUUAUUAUUAUUAUUAUUAUUAUUAUUAUGCCCGAUUUUUUGCCACCAGGAUUGGGGCUCAAAGUGGCUCACACUUGAUUUAAAAAUCGUAUCAAACUCUAUGAAAUUAUUUCCAAAAACCAGAUUUUAAAUUUCCAAAACAUGAAAACAGACUAUCACACAGCAAAAGAGCAUUGGUUAAUGUAAACAUAACAAGAUCCCAUUUUAAAUAUCAAAGGGUUUUCUGCACAAAUUGUAUUAUUUUCCUAAUUGUGGAAGGCAAAGAGAAAAGGAAUAGUCUAGCAAAAAAAGGUUUUCUAGGACUGCUGUAUAAAAUCCAGAUUGUCUGCUUGGAACUGGAUUAUAUGGCAGUGUAGAAGGGACCUAAAUCUUACAGACACUAAGAGCAGCUAUUGAGAAAUAGAAAUUAAAUCCACCAUUAAUUCUGUUGUCAGACUGAAAACUGGAGCAGGUUCAUCUAUUUUUAAUAGUUGUGUUCAGAAGGGAGUUCAAAGAGACGGCUACGAUAUUAUUAUUAUUAUUAUUAUUAUUAUUAUUAUUAUUAUUAUUAGCAUAGGAAAUAAAUGAAUGCAAUUGUUUUGGACUCAGUUUAUAUCAACAGAUGCAUUUGUAGCUGUUGUGUGCCUUUAAGUCUUUUCUGACUUAUGAGUUUUUUCCUUGAAAGCUUUAUGCUUGAAAUCACUUCUUCCCAGUUAGUCCCAAAGGUGCUAAUAGGCAAACUUUGGCCCUCCAGAUAUUUUGGACUUUAACUUCCACAAUUCCUAACUUCAGUACAGCCAGAGCUUUAGGAUGUGUGAUAUAUUUUUUUCACUCUUACCCACAACAGCCUUGCAAAGCAGAUUGGGCAGAGAGACUGCAACUGGCCCAUUGCCACCCAAUGCUAUUCGUGCCCAAAUGAGGAUGUGGAAGUGCUCUCAAGAUCGAGACUUCCCCCACUGCGUUGCACUAGUCUUCUCUUUCACAGACAUCUACCUCACCCCAUGUCUGAGGACAUGAGCGCACAACACAAGCCGUGGCUGGCAAUUGUGCAAAACGUGGGUGCUAUCUACAUCUCACCCACCGGGUGAAAAGCAGUCGGGGGCAAGCAAACAAAGUUGUCUAGAAGUAAACACCAUCACGACUUGUUGCAUGUGUUUGCCUGUGACAUGAAUACACAGCCAACAGUUGUUGACUUUGAUGGGGUGGUUUUAAAAACUCCCCAAUUCUAAUCUGGACUCUGCCAUGAAUUGCUGUCGGUGGUCUUGGGCAAGUCGCCGUCGUUCAGCCUCAAUUGCAGUAAGUGGUUAGUGAUAUUACUCACCUAUUCUUCUUGAAAAUUUGUAUUAAAUGCUUUGCACCAGAACUGUGCAGAGAUGUAAGCUCUGGUUGGUACUUGGAUGGAAAACCACCAAGGAAUAUCAGGUGCUAUAUUUCAGAGGAAGGAGCCAACAACCAACAUACAGUAGAGUCUCACUUAUCCAAGCUAAACGGGCAGGCAGAACCUUGGAUAAGCAAAUAUUUUGGAUAAUAAGGAGGGAUUAAGGAAAAGCCUUUUAAACAUCAAAUUAGGUUAUGAUUUAGGAGCCUCCAGUGGCCUAGGGGAUAAAAGCCUUGUGACUUGAAGGUUGGGUUGCUGACCUGAAGGCUGCCAGGUUCGAAUCCCACCCGGGGAGAGUGCGGAUGAGCUCCCUCUAUCAGCUCCAGCUCCAUGCGGGGACAUGAGAGAAGCCUCCCACAAGGAUGGUAAAACAUCAAAACAUCCGGGUGUCCCCUGGGCAACGUCCUUGCAGACGGCCAAUUCUCUCACUCCAGAAGCGACUCCGGUUGCUCCUGACACGAAAGAAAAGAAAAAAAAGGUUAUGAUUUUACAAAUUAUACACCCAAACAUCAUGUUAUACAACAAAUUUGACAGAAAAGGCAGUUCAAUACGCAGUAAUGUUAUGUUGUAAUUACUGUAUUUACGAAUUUAGCACCAAAAAAUCACAAUAUAUUGAAAACAUUGACUACAAAAAUGCAUUGGAUAAUCCAGAACCUUGGAUAAGUGAGUCUUGGAUAAGUGAGACUCUACUGUACUUAGCCUAUGUAAGCCGCCUUGAGUCCCCUCCAGGGCGAGAAAGGUGGGGUACAAAUGGGGUAAACAAAUAAUAAAUAAAUCUCUGAGUAUUGUUUGUUUAGGUCCCCAUCUACACUAACCAUUUCAUGCAGUUCAAAGCUAGUUUCAAACUCUGGCAGCUAAACAAUGAAUGCCCACAAAAAUGUGCAAAAUGAAGCCCUUAAUAAUGCACACCCACACUCUGUGGUUUGUGCAAACUCUAUCUGGGCCUUGGACUUAUUUGAAACUAAUUUCUUCAAUAACUGUUUGAAUCUGACUCAAGUCAUCAGUGGAGAUGUGCCCUAUAUCCCUGCAAAAUGUAUGGAGCAGGCAUGAGUCAACAGUUGAUGGGAACAUAUAUACACAGAGAUAUAAUUUUGUAGGUAUGGCUGGAGCUGCUAUCCAAAGCUUCAUGAGUUGCAUGAAAUGGGUCAGGGUGGAUUUGCCAUUUCUUUUCUCUAUAAUAUAGCUUACAACACCUUAUACAGUAGAGUCUCACUUAUCCAAGCCAAAUGGGCCGGCAGAAACUUGGAUAAGUGAAUAUCUUGGAUAACAAGGAGGGAUUAAGGAAAGGCCUAUUAAACAUCAAAUUAGAUUAUGAUUUUACAAAUUAAGCACUAAAACUUCAUGUUAUACAACAAAUUUGACAGAAAAAGUAGUUCAAUAAGCAGUAAUGCUAUAUUGUAAUUACUGUAUUUACGAAUUUAGCACCAAAAUAUCAUGAUAUAUUGAAAACAUUGACUACAAAAAUGGCUUGGAUUAUCCAGAGGCUUGGAUAAGCGAGGAUUGGAUAAGUGAGACUGUACUGUAUUUGUUGAUGGUCUCCAUGUAAAUAUUAACCAGAGCUAACCCUAUGUAGUUUCCAAGAUCAGACAUGUGUUAUCUUAUUCUUGACAUCUUAGGGAGGCAAACUGUGAUAAAGAUUGGAUAGUUUUGCAAAUCAGGUGCUUAGCCAACAUUCCCAACGGCAUUUCUCAACAGAAGCCCCGUGGUGCUUUCAGCAAAAAUAAAUCUUUAAGUCUACUCGUACCAAAGGGCACACACUGAACCAUCAGUAGUUGUGUGCAUACAUAAUUUGGCUAGUUUGUUAACUUUCUCUGCUGCAAAAAACCUUCUUGUGCCUGUUUUUCUGUGCCAUUUGGCGGAAACACUCCAGAAAUCUAUGAACGAGUUGGUGGGAAAUUACAGAAGCUACCAGUUCUAUUCUUCCAAAUUUCACAAAUUGAAUUGAUUGGUUGGUUGGGAAGUUUCCUGUUUGACAACAUGAGAAGGAAACACAAUUCAUUUUCUGGAGGUUGUGCGACGGUGUCUUGUCUUCUGCCUUAGAAGUUCUUGAGAGCGGCCUAUGACUGUUCAACUCUUGUGGGGAAACAGAAUCGAUAUUCCUCUUCACAACUCAGGUAUAUUCUGGUGCAGAGAACCUCAGCUAAUUGGUUUAAGACAUCAAGGCUUCCCCCCAAAGGUAUGUGGGCAAAUGUUUCAUUGAUAAAUUCUUCCAAGAAUAACGUUCAGCAUUGAUUUCUUUGCUUGCCUGUUUCUAAACACAGAGUGAUCUGGAUUUGUCGUUGCCUGUUCUGGAACAGUUGGGGACAAACAAAGGUGCGGAAACUUGUCCUACAGAGUCAUCAUCGCAACAGGGUGACUUGAUUUUUUGCACUAACAGAGUCUGUGAAAUUCAGUGUGAUCUCUGACAGAAGGAAACUACAAACGUGUGCUGUGUGUGUGUGUUUCCACUGGAUCUAAUUUGAAAUGCAGACUGGUUCUCUUAUAGGUAGAUGCUGCUUUUAUCUGUAGUUCGUGGCACUGGAUAGCUAGAAUCUGAACAAGAGAAUGGAUUGCCAUGAAGACUGUUGUGUUUGAUAUACUACUGAGCCAUGUAAAAAGACUCUUAUUGGGUGUUACAUCUGUGAUGGCUCAUUUCCGACAUACAGGUAACCAUUUGAUGUUGCAGAUUCAAAUGAUGAACUGCUAAGGUGAAGCUGCCCAUGAGUUGAAUUAUUACGAAUUUGAAAAUUUGAGGGGACUCCUGUGUGGAGAGAGCAAUCUAGCUCUGAAACUAUUCUUCCUUUUCCUCCAUAAUUGUUAGAAUCUGGAUAGUGUGUGGGGAAAAUGACUAAGGCUGACAAUACAACAAAUUUUAUUCAAACUGUAUUAUCUUAGAUCCUUUUUGAACACACACAUACACACAAAGCCAAGAAUUUCCAUUUAAGUUCAUAUAUGCUUUUUUUGCUUGUGUAUAGAUCUGAGUGUUGUUAGUUGCCAUGUUGAGGUUCAAAGGAAACGCUUUCUGAUUUUUAUGACUUGGGAACAUUGGGUUUCCUUCCUAGCUAAAGUCUUUGCACAAUCCAGAAUCUGUCCCUUAAGAUUUCUGUGUCUUCAGCUUAUCUGUCUGUAAAUGAUUUGUGAUCACCUUGACCUACCUCACAGGGAUGUUGUGAGGCCCAGUGACCACCUGCCAAGCAUGUGGAUGAAAGGUGCUAAACAGUAAUGAUGUGUUAUUGUCUCUGUUGUUAGUUUUCUUUGACCAUUUAGUACGGGAAUAAUUUGUUUAUUAUUAACUGAAAACACAUUGGUCUUUGCUAAUGGCAAGGCGGCCACUCUGCCCAUCUAUGGGUCUGGAAACAUGGGUUUUCUCAUUGCAUAAAGUCAAGGCAUGAUGCUAGUUGGAGGCUGGUUCACACAUACAUGUAACCACUCAUUCAUUUAAUGAUUCCCAAAUGAAUGUGUGAACCGACUCCAUGGAAAAGCCUUGCUUGUGAGGGGAUAUUAACAGUCUACCUGUGCUGUUAAAUCUCCAAUAGCAUGUUUACACAUACACUACCAUAUACACACACUCGUACACAUCAAGAGAAGCACUUUUGGUGCAGAUAUGGGAGAGCAAGUGUAGAUAUGAGAGAUCAAGUACCUUAAACAAUCUUAGCUCUUACCUUGUGCUUUGUGCCAUUUUCUAAUAGUUUAACAAGUGUGUUUUUUCUCUCUAUUUCUGACCUGAGCAGCUUUCUGACCAAUACCUGGUGACUUGUGUUGGUUUUAAUGCUUGCCGUCUUCCUGUCAAACGCAGUGAAAUGCUUGCCCAUACUUUGGGGAAUAGCCUUGAUUCACGAGAGGGAAACCAGCCUACAGAGAAACCCUUCAUGGCUUGACUUAAAAGGGUUUAUUUAAUUGCCUUUAUGUUUCCUAUUUGCCUGGCAUAGAAAUCUCAGUUGAAUUUGUUAUCUGGGAAAUUGUUUGUCAUUUUUAAUGAUAUUUUUUUCUUCUCACUAUUAUUUUACCUCUGUUAUCUAAUACUAAGUCAAGGAGCGGCACUGAAUGAAUGAACAAAAAUCUUUCAAACAGUCCCAUCCAUAAGUAGUUCCUGUGAUAUAACAAACUGUACCAGUGGUUUUGUGCAACCAAAUGGGCUCUGAUAUAUAUAUGUUGCUUCAAAAACCUUCCAUCGUUCUCCCAAGAUUAGAAGCCAGGGAUUUGUGUACCAAGGAGAGAAAGGAAAUGUUCCCAACCUGGACAUGGCCAAAAUAGUCAAGGAGGGAAGGAAAUUAGGAUUCUGUGUUAAAGUAGCAAGUUAAUUCUCAUUGCUUUCCAAACUGAACCGAGGAGCAGGAGGGGAUGCCAAAAUCUUCUGUGGUCUUGGAGAUUGGAAACAUGAACACAUUGCAAAAUAAACUAUGGCAUGCCUAGAAAAUUACUGUAAUGUCUGUUGCCAAAUUAAGAAGUUGAACUUGCCCCCUGCUCAAAGUCAAUUGACAGUGGCCCUGCUUCUCAUGUUUAUGAUCAGACAUGUAUUUAACUACAGAUAAGCAAUGAGUAUUAUUCUUCAGUAUUAUUAACUGAAUCUGUGGAUAUCCUUGAAACACUUGGGUAUUUGGGAAGAGGAAGAUGGGGAGAGAUGGGCGGCGAAACAAAGAGAAGGACAAUGUUUCAAAUAGUUGUAUUCUUCCAAAAUCUUCCAUUUGGAAUAUGAUUUUUUCCCAACUGGCUCACAAGUAAAAGUAAAGGUAAAAGUUUCCCCUUGACAUUAAGUCCGACUCUGGGGGUGGUGCUCAUCUCAAUUUCUAAGCCGAAGAGCCGUUGUACAUAGAUGCCUCCUAUGCUAUGUGACCUUUGGGCCAAAACGGGACCUAUUGAUCUACUCACAUUUGCAUGUUUUCGAACUGCUAGGUUGGCAGAAGCUGGGGAUAACUAUGGGAGCUCACCCCAUCUGCAGAUUCGAACCUCUAGCCUUCCAAUCAGCAAGUUCUGCAGCUUAGUGGUUUAACCCACUUCGCCACUGCGGCGGCUCCUUAACUAGCUCACAAAAGUGAUAUCCAAUUGUUAUUCCCAAUUAGAACAGUAUAGGAAGAAACUCAUGUUGACCCAUUUACUCAUUUCACUGUCUUUGAAUUGAGUUUGAGUAUAGAAAAACUUAUUCUAACGAUUGUGGCAAAAAGUGGUGGGAGGCAAUGGCAUCACUAAGUUUGGUGUCACCCGGUGCAGUGACUCACGGUGUCAUCCAUUGGCUCUCCUCUUGGACUAGAUUAUACCAUAAUAUUGUAGCUAAGAUACCAGAAAAAUGUGGCACAAUUGGCAACUAUUUAAAAACAAUUGCAACAAUGAAAACAACAGUGUGUGCUUAUAGUGCAUGUGGCAAAAUUGGCAACUAUAUUUUUAAAAAAUAGCAACAAUGAAAACAACAGUGUGUGCUUAUAGCGCAUGUAGACAAAACCGUAUGAUUUGAAGUAUCGUUGUGAUUAGGCAACAAUGAUCGCUGUGACAGCCGUGCACAUGCGCAUCGGAAGGUUCUGAAAUUCAUAAAUUUCUGUAAAAACACUGCACAAAAUUUUUAUAGAUGGUCGUUUUUGUGUCACUCCUCUAAUGGUGCAGUCCGCACUUCUUCCACCCACUUAGUGAUGCUAUUAGUGUAAGCAUGGGAAAACUGGAGCCUUCCAGGUGUUUUGGACUCCAACUCCCACCAUUCCUAACAGCCUCAGGCCCCUUUCUUUUACUGAAUGCCUGAAUGCACCUCAAUGAUGCAUAGUUUGCUUACCGCUUGAGCCGCCCCUGUUCGGACUCCAACUCCCACCAUUCCUAACAGCCAAAACACCGGGAGGGCUCAAGUUUUCCCAUGCCUGCACUAUUGCGAUGGGGGGAUUAACAGCACUGGUAAUUUUAGAUCAUGUUCAACUGCUGUCUUUAUAGCCUCUGGAAACAAGGCUCUCUACAGAUGGCCAAAGCCUGUGUGUGUAUCUGUAUGUGAAUGCAAUAUAAUCCCAGUCUUUUAGUCCUUGUCCCUAAAACCCUAAUUCCUGCUCCUUAAGAUCGUGUCCAACUUCGUGUUGAUGCCAAGGUUACAUCUGAUUAUUUUUACUGAAUACUGUGGAGACUUGUCUUCAUAUCACCAAGGCCGUGUUUACACUAGUGCCUAUUUGCAUGCUUUCGUAGACCAAUCCUUCCUGCGUCAUCACCAAAGGCACAACUCUAGUAGUGGCAAAGAUCUCGUUGUGGGUGGCACAAAUUGUUAUUGAGAAGUCAGGUGCACAGUAGUGCAUAGCUGUGGUGCUAUCGUCCGAAACAGGCUGACAUACACGUGCUAAACGAAAUGCAGCCUGAGCGACACUCGGCUCUUUUGCAUGCUUUAAUGAGUCAAAAGAGUUUGGCCAGGUCUGUUUUCUUUGUGCUAAUUCUUUCUUGGCUCCCAGCUCUUAUUAAACACCCGUGCCUUUAGAAGGCGUGGCUUCGGUUGGGCAGCUUUGUGGUGCAUAGCACAGAAAUUGUGGGUUUUAGGGGUACCGAGUAAUGGAAGCGGAACUGUAAAUGCCACUUGUUUUAAAGACUUUAUACAGAAAUCCUUAUCAAGUUGUGAAGCUCUGUCAGGGUUUGGCCACUUUAGAUUUCAAAUGGAACAAUGCAAUGAAAUGCUCCUUGCUUAUAUAGUACACUAACAGGGAAGUCUUUGGGGCUAAAAUAUUUAUUCCGGGUCUGUUUGCUUGUUGCGUGGUUUUAUAUGAAGCUGUGUGACCCACUAUUACUGAAAUAGUGCAAUCCAGAUACAGUAAAGUCUCACUUAUCCAACAUAAAUGGCCAGCAGAACGUUGGAUAAGUGAAAAUGUUGGAUAAUAAGCAGGGAUUAAGGAAAAGCCUUUUAAACAUCAAAUUACUGUAUAUACUCGAGUACAAGCCUAGUUUUUCAGCCCUUUUUUAGGGCUAAAAACCCUAAUCAGAUUUAGACAGUCUUAUCUUAUUAAAGUAUUAUUAUUAUUAUCAUAAAUUAUAUUUUUAUGUAAACAUUCAAAAACAUUUAACCUAUUGAUGCAUCAAAUAAUGUAAUUUUAUUAACUAUUUUUAUUUUUAUUUUUGAAAUUUGCCAGUAGCUGCUGUAUUUCCCGCCCUCGUCUUAUACUCGAGUCAAUAGGUUUUCCCAAUUUUGUGAUAAAAUUAGGUGCCUCAGCUUAUAUUCAGGUCAAGUAUAUACGGUACGUUAUGAUUUUACAAAUUAAACACCAAAAAAUCAUGAUUUACAACAAAUCAACAGAAAAAGCAAUUCAAUACAAGGUAACUUUAUGUAAUAACUUGUAUUUACAAAUUUAGCACCAAAACAUAGCAAUGUAGUGAAAACAUUGGCUACUGCCAAAUUGACUACAAAUAAAGAUAGAUUGCAUAAAACGAACUUAACAACAUUGUCGGAAGUUAGAUCCGUAAAAAGUUCAGUCCCUGCUGCCUAGAGAAACAGCUGUGGAUCCAGGCAUGAGGCAGACUGUGUUGGAUAAUCCAGAACAUUGGAUAAGCAAAGGUUGGAUAAGCGAAACUCUACUGUACAAGGGUUACCGCCUCAAUGAAAACAAUAUCAAAAGCAAGCAUGUUCAGUGUGUUCUGGAUACUUGCUUUGAAAACUUCGAGUAGAGAGGGCAGGUGGGUUGGAGAGUUGUGUGGUUAUAAAUGCAAAACAACGGAAAAGAUAGGGAGAGGCUAAAGAGGGAUGAUUAUUCAGACAUUGUGAGGUCUUUGUGGGGUGACGAAAUAUAUACAACCUUCUCCAUGCUGGGAUCUUUAGCACGGUGGUUCUCAGACCAUACUAAAUAGAUGGCCAUUGACUUGUUUGUUGUGUUGUCGAAGGCUUUCAUGGCCAGAUGGUUGUUGUGAGUUUUCUGGGCUGAUAGUCAUGUUCCAGAAGUAUUAUCUCCUGACGUUUCGCCCACAUCUGUGGCAGGCAUCCUGCCAUAGCCUCACAACCUCUGAGGAUGCCUGCCAUAGAUGUGGAUGAAACGUCAGGAGGGAAUGCUUCUGGAACAGGACUAUAAAACUCACAACCACCCUGUGACUUGUUUGUUUCUUACUACAGCAGCACGUUUUCUUAUCAUAGGAUUACUCUGCAGGGUGUGUAUGUGGUUGGAAAGAUUCUGAGUAAACAUUCAACAUUCACUGUGAACCAGUGAAGGCAGCAUGUAGAGCUGGAAGAAUUUGAAGAUUUACUGCUAAAUUGUCUUAGACUUUGCAUUAUUUUCCAUCAACUAUUGAUGUUUGGGAUUGGUAGGGUGAUGGCGAAGGAGAAGACAGGUUUUCUGUGAGACUCCAAAAAAUCAAAAGGGUCCACUAGCUGUGCCAGCCCUAAGACUGACCACCUUAACUUGCUUUCCCAGGGGGCAAAAGUGUGGAAAGCAAACUGGUGCCAAGUGCCCACAGGUGCCAACUCUGGUGCCAAGAGUCAGUGGAAUUUAGCAGAAGUUCAUGAUGGUUGGUGGUAGCUGCAGUGUGCAUGGACAUUCUGGAUCUAAAGUGCCAACAUGCAAGAUACCCUGUUUCCCCUAAAAUAAGACAUCCCCAGAAAAUAAGACCUAGUAGAGGUUUUGCUGAAUUGCUAAAUAUAAGGCCUCCCCCGAAAGUAAGACCUAGUAAAGUUUUUGUUUGGAAGCAUGCCUGCCAAAGAGAACACCAGAGCAGGCAGGAUCGGUAAAUGUACGUACCAUAGAGUGUUGUACAUGGAAAUAUUGGUAGUAACAAGAAAUUCUUGAUAGGAUUCACAGUUUGACUGGCUAUGCUGGUUUGUGAUGACAGCUACCAUACUGUACAGUAUAUAAUAAAUGAUCCUUUUUUUUUUUGUUAAAAAAAAUGUGAAUUCUUCUUCAUGGAAAAAUAAGACAUCCCCUGAAAAUAAGACCUAGCGCAUCUUUGGGAGCAAAAAUUAAUAUAAGACACUGUCUUAUUUUUGGGGAAACACGGUACUAUGAAAAGCAUGGAGACCCAGGCUGAAUCUACACUGCCAUAUGACGUAGUUUUGGAAUGCAAAUUAACUGCAAUGAACUGGGUUUAUAUGAGUCUGCACUGCAUUCUGAAACUGCAUUGUAUGGCAGUGUAAAUCCAGCCGCAGAUUUAAACAUUGGGGACGUAGUGAAAUUAAGAGAUACAAUUGUUCCAAAACAGAAUUAGCCCAUUGCAAUCUUAAUUAUUUCUAACUGUUUCCUGUCCUUAUUUAUUUAUUUUGCACAAUGAUGGGACAGGUCAGUAUAAUGGGAAUAACUGUCAUACUUAUAUUCACAUCACUGAAGUUGCAAUCCUGUACCCAAUUGCCUGGGAGUAAAUCCCACUGAAUUUGGUGCCUAGAUAGAUAUAGUGGAAAUCGCUAUAGUAAAUACUGCUCAAAGUUACAAGGGGAUCCAGAGUUCUUCAGUAGGGUUACCAAAGGGAUUGCAGUUGUUAUUUAAGUGGUGAGAUUGCUGUGGUCAUGUUAUGUAUCAAAUUCUCUCUUCAAACCGCUUACUGGUUUAUAUGUGGCACAUUUCCUACUGCAGAAGGAAAUCUCUCUUGUGCACACCCCACAAACUAGUUUGUAAUGAGCACACUAUAUAUCAUGUGACAGACUUGUCAUAAUGUCGGCACAUGGAGUAUUCUGUAGAAACGAAGCACAAAAUGUACUGUUUGUUUGUUUGUUUUGGAAAAGUGGUUAGGAGGGAAGCAUAUGGAUCUCUCUUACUUGGCAUUCCAUAAUAUUGUGGCAAUUACAAAGAUGGCCACUAACUUAUUAUCUUCGUGGUAAUGAAUUUGGAGUGGGGUUAGGUCCCGGGUUCAUAUCCCGGACGAGCCCCCAAAAAUAUCAGAAGAUAUUACAUGCAUGGAAAUACAUGCAUUCCACAUAUAGGUGUCAACAUGCGUAAUAAUGUACAAAUGGAAUAUAUGCAAUUUUCUACCCAGUUGUUUUCUCCGUGUGAUCCAUCCAGCAUGUGUUAAGGCUGCUUUGUUGCUUAGGAAGCAAACUUCGAGCUUCCUAACCCACAGAUUGUGGAUUUUUAAAAAUAUUUAUCUUUCAUCCACCUACCCCAUCAUUUCCAUUCCUUUUUAUAUUUUGAUGGAUAAUGAAACAUGAAAUUCCGAACAUAAACAAAAUCCUUCGAUGGUCUUUAAAGCCAGCAAAAGCAACAUUUUGUUAAACUUUAACAAAUUCAGAUUUAAAUCCAUUUGCUAGUCCCAACUGCUCUUGAACCAGUAGGAUUAAAAAAAAUGUUGAUUUACCAUUCAGAAACUGAUUUAAUUAGUCUGCUUUGGCUGGGUGUAGCAACUGAGUUUAGGCUUUGUUAUUAUAGUCAAUGGGAAGUCGGCAGUGCUUCUGAUAAUAGACAAGCCCAAGAUAUAAAAUCGUCUUGGGUCAUCUCCAUGUUGACCUGUUCAGAUCUGUUAUCCUGCUUUAAAAAGAAUAUCUGCCUGUCUCAUGUAUGAAUCUUGGUGCUCACUGUAGAUUUUAACAAUGACCACUUGCGUUUCGUUUCUGAAUUAGCUCAGAAAACAGUCCAGAACGAGGCCGCCUUGUUCCCUCCAUUCCAGUGUGCCAUUGCGCUUUUUCUAGGAGAGUUGCGUCAACGUGUGCAAGAAAGUAGACGAAAGCUAAGAACAAGGGCAAAGCUUUAACCUGAGCCAAAAUGUCCAUGGUCUUAAACUGUUCAAAUGGGUGUUAACAAACAAUUGGUGCUAUUUCUUGGCAAAAGGGUGCCUGUAACUUUUUAUUUUAUUUUCCUUAUUUAUCAUGAUGCAAUUAACUUGCACAAAAAAGCAGCUAUUUAUAUACCUUUUAUGUCAUGAACCACAUGCCUAUAUUGUCAUAUGUUUUGUUACUUACUUCACAAUAGGAUUUGGGUUCAACUGGAAUCAUAGAGUUGCCGAAGGCUUUCAUGACCGGGAUCACAGGGUUGUUGUAUAUUUUCCGGCUGUCUAGCCAUGUUCCAGAAGUAUUCUCUCCUGACGUUUCGCCCACAUCUAUGCCAGGAAUCCUCAGAGGUUGUGAGAUGCCUGCCAUAGAUGUGGGCGAAACGUCAGGAGAGAAUACUUCUGGAACAUGGCCAUACUGUCAAGAUCAGUGCCAGGUGUCAGGGUGCGUGAUGGGUGGGUUUCUUCAAACACCAUUGAUUAAUCAUGCUCUGGGCCAGCACCCUGAUGAAUUGGUGAAUUUCUGCCCUCACCAAUUCCUCCAAAGUCAGACUCAAAGACAUCUGCAGUCUGAAGUCCAAACAUUAUUUAAUAUUUACAGAGAUAUUUACAAACAGCAAAAUCCAUCGCUCGAAGCCGGCAUUCUUCAGCUCGGCUCUUCUACAACAACAGAUAAGAAAGCACAUUCCUUAGUCCGAAGGAAGUUCCGACCUCCAAGGCCGGAAAUCAUGUUUCAUAGGUCACAGCAGGCUGUCAGUCAAACCGGCCUGCUGUUAACUGUUUCAUUGUUGAAACACGCACUUGCAAAACAGCAGAAACACUUGAUUUAUAUUUCAUAUACACACAACCAAAAAUCCAACACAUACAGCUCGGAAAAUAUGCAACAACCCUGGAAUCAUAGAGUUGGAGGAAACCUCCCAUGCCAUCCAGUCCAACCCCAUUUUGCCAAGAAGCAGGAAAAUCGCAUUCAAAGCUCCCCCGACAGAUGGCCAUCGAGCCUCUGUUUAAAAGCCUCCAAAGAAGAAGCCUCCACCACACUCUGGGGCAGCGAGUUCCACUGCUGAACAGCUCUUACAGUGAGGAAGUUCUUCCUAAUGUUUAGGUGGAAUCUUCUUUCCUGUAAUUUGAACUCAUUGCUCCUAGUCCUAGUCUCCAGGGCAGCAAAAAACAAACUUGCUCCCUCCUCACUAAGACUUCCACUCACAUCUUGAUCCAUGGCCCUCAUCGUGUCUCCUCUCAGCCUUCUCUUCUGCAGGCUAAACAUGCCCAGCUCUUUUAGCCGCUCCUCCUAGGGCUUGUUUUCCAGACCCUUGAUCAUUUUAGUCACUCAGUUUGUCAACAUCUCCCUUCAAUCGCGGUGCCCAGAGUUGGACACAGUGCGAUUCCAGGUGUGGUCUGACCAAGGCAGGACAGAGAGGCAGCAUUUAUACAUGGCCGACCAUCAUGUCUCCUCUCAGCCUUCUCUUCUGCAGGCUGGAAGGCUGUAAAUUAACCUCAUUCUAACGUGCUGCCCAAUCAUUUCCAAGUUUAUUCAAAAAUAAUCUCCACUGAAUUCAACAGAACUUGCUGCCAAGUUAUGCAUGUACAUCAUUGCGGUCUUAGUUGGGUUUUCUCACCCCAUCCCAAAUACUGAGUUCUGUUUGCUGUGGAUCAAACAGGAAUGAAAUGAAGUUAUCUCUGAUUUUUUAAAAAAUAUAUAUUUGGCUUACAUCAAUUAUUUUUAAAAAAAUAAAGACAAAGAAACAACAGGAUUGUGAGCUUUCUGAAAGGUCAAUUUACAGUAGAGUCUCACUUUUCCAACAUAAAUGGGCUGGCAGAAUGUUGGAUAAGCGAAAAUGUUGGAUAAUAAGGAGGGAUUAAGGAAAAGUCUAGUAAACUUCAAAUUACGUUAUGAUUUUACAAAUUAAGCAUCAAAACAUCAUGUUUUACAACAAAUCGACAGCAAAAGCAGUUCAAUACAUGGUAAUGUUAUGUAGUAAUUACUGUAUAUACGAAUUUAGCACCAAAACAUUGCAAUGUAUUGAAAACAUUGACUAUAAAAACAUUGAUUGCAAAUAAAGAUAGAAUUGCAUAAAAUGAACUUGCAGUAACAACAAUGUUGAAAGUUAAAUCCAUAAAUAGUUCAGUUCUUACUGCCUAGAGAAACAGCUGUGGAUCCGGGCAGGAGACAGACUGCACUGGAUAAUCCAGAACGCUGGAUAAGCAAAUGUUGGAGAAGCGAGACUCUACUGUAGUUGAUUCUGUUUUGCUGUUAUUGUCCAAUGCAUGUGGUUGAGAUCAAGACUAUUGCCUAGAUUGCAAACCACCAGUCUAUCCCUGACAUAAAUAGCAUGUUCCCAUUUGCCAGAGGGCAAUGGAGUUCCAGGCCUUGUUGCCAUUGCCAGUAACAUGGCUUUGGUGUUUGAUUUUCUGAACCUUCUUUACUUACCAUCACUGACGUGAAAUAGAAGGAAUGAAGAGAUAGCUCGGUCUGGAACCUAAUACAAAAUCAUCAAGGAAUUCGUCAUAGAAUCCUAGAGUUGGAGGAGACCUCGUGUGCCAUCCAUUCUGCCAAAAAGCAGGAAAAUUACCUUCAAAGCACCCCCGACAGAUGGUCAUCCAGCCUCUGCUUAAAAGCCUCCAAAGAAGGAGCCUCCACCACACUCCGGGGCAGAGAGUUCCACUGCUGAACAGCUCUUCUCACCGUUAGGAAGAUCUUUCUCAUGUUCAGGUGGAAUCUCUUUUCCUGUAAUUUGAAUCCAUUGCUCCUAGUCCUAGUUUUCGGGCAGCAGAAAACAAGCUUGCUCCCUUUUCCUUAUGACUUUUACUAUCAUGACUUAUUCCUUUACUAUCAUGUCUCCUCUCUGCCUUCUCUUCUGCAGGCCAAACACGCCCAGCUCUUUAAGCCGCUCUUCAUAGGGCUUGUUCUCCAAACCCUUGAUCAUUUUAGUCACCCUCCUUUGGACAUAUUCCAGCUUAUUUAUUUACAGUAUUUAUAUUCUGCCCUUCUCACCCCAAAGGGGACUCAGGGCGGAUCACAGUGUACAUAUACAUGGCAAACAUUCAAUGCCUUUAAACAUACAACAUACAGACAGAGACACAGAGGCUAUUUGACAUUUCCAGCUUCCGCUUCAUGAGGAUAUGCUUGAUUCCGGCCACAGGGGGAGCUGCUGCUUCAUCAUCCACUGUGAUGCCGAGUCCUUGAUGGAGUACUUCCUCAUCUUUUGGCAUGCACGCUGCUGGACAUUUUUAUGGUGACGUAAAUUAGUUAAAUUAGCCUCCCCGCAUAAGCAGUCCCUAAAUUUCCUACUUGACAGAUGCAACUGUCUUUUGGGUUGCUUAGAUAAACAACUGGGGCUAUUUAAUGGUCAGUCACUCAAUCCGACCCGGGCUUCGAACUCAUGACCUCUCAGUCAAUAGUGAUUUAUUGCAACUGGCUACUAACCAGCUGUGCCACAGCCCGGCACAGUCAACACCUGUAGGAAACACCUACUAUACUUGGACAAGUUACUUUGUCAGCAAAAUAUAAUUGUGGGCAGGGAUGGCAUUGGCAGCUGCUGCUUCCAUAAUACGAGUUGUUUCCCCAAACCAAACAGAAUUUGACUUGCUUUUAUAGCAUCCCAGCUGAAGGAACAAUGAACAUUUAGGGUUUUUGUAUGUUUUCUGGGCUGUAUGGCCAUGUUCCAGAAGUAUUCUCUCCUGACGUUUCGCCCACAUCUAUGGCAGGCAUCCUCAGAGGUUGUGAGGUAUAGUGAGCUCAGCCUGUUCAGCGCCUUCCAAGUCACUCAGUCUUCUAUGUGCCCAGGAGCAAGUUUCUCGUCCAGUUUCAGCCAGUGAUUAAGGUUCCAAGCUUUAACCUGCCACUUUUGGGCUCUCGCUUGCUGAGUAUCUUUAUAGAUGUUAGGAAGCUGUUUCUUGAUUUAAAGCAUUGGCAUGCUGGCUGAUAUCCGAAUAGAAGAUGGGCUCUGGAGAUGUCAAUGCCUUGGUCCUUUCAUUGCAGGCUUCUAUUUCCUGGCGGAUGUCAGGUUGUACAAUGCUGGCUAAACAGUAUAAUUUCUCCAGCGGUGUGCGGCAUAGACAUCCUGUGAUACUGCAUCAUGUCUCAUUAAGAGCCACAUCCGCUGUUUUAACGUGGUGAGAUGUGUUCCACCCUGGGCAUUCAGCUGCAGAGUAACGAAGCACAAGGGCAGAUGUCUUCACUGUAUCUGGUUGUGAUCCCCAGGUUGUGCAAGUCAUCUUUCGUAAGAUAUUAUUUCAAGCACCCACGUUUAGCUUGAUAUUCAAGCAAUGCUUCUUGUAAGUCAGAGCACAGUCCAGAGUAUUUUGUUUGUUCUUACUGUGAAAAGCACACGUCUGCAUUUUAGAUGGAUUAAGAAUCAACUGGUUCUCCCAUGUAAUAGACAGUAAGAGCCCCUAAAGCUUCAGAGAGCCUCUGUUCAACCAUUUCAAAGCUCCCUGCUUGGGCGGUGAUGGCACGAUCGUCAGCAUAGAUGAAACUUUCUGUCUGUUCUGACAAUGGCUGGUCAUUUGUGCAAAUGUUAAACAUUGAUAAAGCAAGCACGCUCUCCUGAGGCAGGACAUAUGAAUCAGUUGAAAGAAACAGCUAAAACAUUGACAUUGACAUGGUUAUUCCUUUAAAAUGUUAACAAAAUAGCUAUCCAAGGUGCUACAAUCAUUUUUUAUACUUUGUUUCACAGUGACCAAACAUUUACACAGAAUUCGUCCUGCGCAGCCUUACCGUGAAUUACAAUAACAAUAUAUAUAUAUAUAUAUAUAUAUAUAUAUAUAUAUAUAUAUAUAUUUACAGUAUUUAUAUUCCGCCCUUCUCACCCCGAAGGGGACUCAGGGCGGAUUACAAUGAACACAUAUAUGGCAAACAUUCAAUGCCAACAGACAAACAACAUGCAUUAGACAGACUCAGAGGCAUUUUUAACAUUUUUCCAGCUUCACGAUUCCGGCCACAGGGGGAGCUGUUGCUUCACCGUCCAGUAGUGGCUGUACUUCCUCAUUCCUUUCCUCGUGUUUUGCGGGCAGUUUUAUGGUGUUGUAAAUUAGCCUCCCGCAUAAAGCGUCCCUAAAUUUCCCUAAUUGACAGGUGCAACUGUCUUUCGGGGCUGCAUAGGUCAACAGCAAGCUGGGGCUGUUAAUGGUCGGAGGCUUAACCCGACCUGGGCUUCGAACUCAUGACCUCUCGGUCAGUAGUGAUUUAUAGCAGCUGGUUACUAGCCAGCUGCGCCACAGCUCGGCCCCUUACAAUGACUAUGUAUUCAUCCAAAAAUGAAAAAAGUUUAAGAUAAUUAUAACAUAAAUAGUGUGGUAAAAUAACACUCUUCUGAAGAUGGAAUAAAAGAGUAGUCUUUCCCAUAUUAAUGUAAGUGAUUGGAGUUACAUUUGAACACACUUAAGGCAAGAAAGCAAAACCUAAGCAAAUUCUGAAGUAUUUGAAUACAAAACUAUAUUUUAAUGUGAAAGAGGAUGAGUGGGGUGGGAGAGUAGAUGGAUUCUGCUUUAAUCUCAGAGAAAAAGCACAGCAGAACCCAACUACAGUAGAGUCUCACUUAUCCAAUGUAAACGGGCCGGCAGAACAUUGGAUAAGCGAAUAUGUUGGAUAAUAAGGAGAGAUUAAGGAAAAGCCUAUUAAACGUCAAAUUAGGUUAUGAUUUUACAAAUUAAGCACCAAAACAUCAUGUUAUACAACAAAAUUGAUAGAAAAAGUAGUUCAAUACUCAGUAAGGUUAUGUUGUAAUUACUGUAUUUACGAAUUUAGCACCAAAAUAUCAUGAUAUAUUGAAAACAUGACUACAAAAAUGCAUUGGAUAAUCCAGAACAUUGGAUAAGCGAGUGUUGGAUAAGUGAGACUCUACUGUACCACAAUGUUGGGGGAACAAGAGGCAGCGAACAAACAUUUUGUUUCUCAAACAUAUUUGCAAUUACAAGGACAUAAAGAUAACAAGUUGUCUUUGUAGUUUAAUAUCUCAAUUACCUUUAAAGUCUGGGUGUUUCACACAUAACUCUUACCUCAUGAAAGUUUUUUGGUUGUUCUUAUUGUCAUUAUCUUUGCCUAUUUAUUUAUCGCGUCAGAAGCGAAUUGAGGAUAAAUUUAUAAAGUACUAGCUGCGCCCGGCCACGUGUUGCUGUGGCUUAUGGGAAUGCUUUGUUGGCCAGGUGGAAUAGCAGUGAAUAGCCUUGCAGCCUCAAAGCCUGGCUGUUUUCUUCUAAUGGGAAUUUUUGCUUGGUGAGCUGGAAUGCAAAGGAAUAGGCUUGCUGCUUGGAAGGCUGAGUCCUUGCAUUGUAGAGAAAUGGUUUCAAAUCAGAUAAUCUGUAUUUUAUAGGCAGUGUGGAUGAGGUCUAAGUGAACUUUGCCGGUCCCCUGGGUGCCAUUGUGGCUGAGGGGGUUGCUAGGAAAUGGAGGUGGGGUUAUUUUUCUAGGUUUUUUAAAAUUGAAAGACAUAGAUGGGAUGACUAUGUCUUUUGUGGCCAAAUUUGGUGUAAUUUGGUUCAAUGGUUUUGUUGUUUACUCCAUGGGAAAAAAACACAUUACAUUUUUAUAUACAUAGAUUUAUUUAUUUUAUUUAUUUAUUUACAGUAUUUAUAUUCCGCCCUUCUCACCCCGAAGGGGACUCAGGGUGGAUCACAUUAUGUACAUAUAGGGCAAACAUUCAAUGCCCAUAAACACAUUGAACCGAGACAGAGACAACAGACAGACAGACGCAGAGGCAAUUUAACCUUCUCCUGAGUGGAUGUUCAAUUCUGGCCACAGGGGGGAGCAGCUGCUUCAUCAUCCACUCUGAUGGCACUUCCUCAUUCCAACGUUGUAAAUUAGUUAAAUUUGCCUCCCCACUUUUAUAAGUGGUACCUUAUUUCCUACUUGAUAGAUGCAACUAUCUUUGGGGUUGCUAGGUCAGCAACGAGCAGGGGCUAUAUUUUAUUUUUAAUUGACGGGUGCUCACCCCGCCACGGGCUGGCCUCGAACUCAUGACCUCAUGGUCAGAGUGAUUUAUUGCAGCAGCUGUUUACCAGCCUGCGCCACAUAAAGUAAGUUAAAAACUUGGCAAAUUACUAGAUUUCCUUUGACCAGAAGCUGGCCACUUGGAGUUCCUCUGCUGUCAUUGUGGGCAGGUCCUCCAUUGUGCAUGUGGCAAGGCUCAGGCUGCAUUGUAGUAAGUGGUCUGUGGUUUGCUAUCCUCCGCACUUGUAUGUCGUGGACUACACUUUGCGGCCCCAUUUUCUAAGAUUGGCUUUGUAUCUUGUGAUGCCAUAGCACAGUCUGUUUGGUACCUUCUAAGUCGCCCAGUUUUCUGUGUGCCCAGGAGGAAGACUCAUCCAAUAUCCGCCACUGAGUUUUAGCCUGCCACUUUUGGACUCUUGCUUGCUGGGGAUACUCCUGCAAGUAUCUCUAUAGAUCUUAGGAAGGUGUUUCUUGCUUUAAGGUGUUGGUGUGUUAACUGAUAUCCAAACAAAGGAUGGGCUGGAGAUGUCACUACCUUGGUCCUUUUGUUAUUGGCUGCUACAUCCCAACGGAUUUCAGGUGGUGCAAUACCGGUUAAACAGUAUAAUUUUCCACUGGUAUAGGGCGUAGACAUCCUGUGAUAAUGCGGCAUGUCUCAUUAAGAGCCACAUCCACUGUUUUAACGUGGUGAGAUGUAUUCCAUACUGGGCAUGCGUAUUCAUUAGCAGAGUAACUAAGCGCAAGGGCAGAUGUCUUCACCAUGUCUGGUUGGGAUCCCCAGGUUGUAUCAGUCAACUUUCGUAUGAUAUUAUUUCUAGCACCCACUUUUUGCUUGAUAGUCAAGCAGUGCUUCUUGUAAGUCAGAUCAUGGGAAAUAAAAGACAUUGAACAAAACAUUUUGUUUCUCAAACGUUUUUGCAAUUACAAGGACAUGAAGAUGACAAGCUGUCUUUGUGGUUUAAUAUCUAAAUUACAUUUAAAGUCUGAGUGUUUCACACAUAACUCUUACCUCAAAGAAGCUUUUUGGUUGUUCUUAUUGUCAUUACCUUUGCUUUUCAAAUAUAUGGAUUUCUUUGUGUUUCCCUAUACGUUUUUUUUUUUAAACAAAGCCGCGAAUGAGCAAGGCAGAAAAAUAAUAGUAACAAUUUUAGCUUUGGUGAUGACACCAAACUUAUUUCUGGUGCUUACUUUUCCACCUUUCCAGACAGUGUGUUUCUUUCUUCUUCGUGUUUUAAUGUUGUUUUUCUAAAAAAAAUAUGAAAAAUACAUGAAAUGAGUCAGAUGAUGUAGUAGUUAUCAAAGGCUUUCAUGGCCGGAAUCACUGGGUUGCUGUGAGUUUGUAUGGCCAUGUUCCAGAAGCAUUCUCUCCUGACGUUUCGCCCACAUCUAUGGCAGGCAUCCUCAAAGAUUGUGAGGACUAUUGGAAACUAGGCAAGUGGGGUUUAUACAUCUAUGAAAUGCCCAGGGUGGGAGAAAGAACUCUUGUUUGUUUGAGGCGAGUGUGAAUGUUGCAGUUGGAGCCCCCCCAGGCAGGAAGCAGCCAGCCUUUGAAGCUGCAAGGCUAUUCAGUGCUAAUCAAGCUGGACAGUGGCAACAUUUACACUUGCCUCAAACAGACAAGAACUCUUUUUCUCACCCUGGACAUUUUUCCACAGAUAUAUAAACCCCACUUGCUUAGUUUCCAACAGACCUCACAACCUCUUGAGAACGCCUGCCAUAGAUGUGGGCGAAAUGUCAGGAGAGAAUGCUUCCGGAACAUGGCCAUACAGCCCGGAAAAUUCACAGCAACCCCAUGAAGUAGUUUUCUUUCUUUUAAGGUCUCAAUGUAGAAGGGUCUUAGCAAAACGCAAAAUGUAUUUAAAAGAAUACAAGAUUGCAUGGGGAAAACACCCAAGAUCGAAAAAUAUAAGAAUGGCUGUUCUUAGUGUCAGGUGUUAACUAUUGAGCAUGUGUCGGGGGGGAGUGGCGUGUGUGGGUAUGUACUGUAAAUAUCUCUUGAUGUGUGACAUGUAUGUAGCACUUGACUGAAGAAGAAUAUAUAUAUAUAUAUAUAUAUAUAUAUAUAUAUAUAAAUCUAUAGAAAUAUAUGUGUGUGUGUUGCGUGUGUGUGGAACUGAACAAUGACAAAAGGAAAAUUCCGACGCUAUUUUAUCAGAAAAUGCACUUUUUCACCCUUGAUGAAAAGCCACUGUUCACAACUAUGCAAUCUUUUAGUCUCUCUUUUCUCUUUCCAACCUCAACGAUCCAAGCAGUUUUUUUCCCAUGUUAAAAACACACACAGAGAACACAAAAGGGAUUUUUUUUUCUUUGUGUACAAAACAAAAACCCAAUAAGUUCUUAAAAAGCCCAUUCAAAGUGAGCGUGCAACAGUGACUUUUCUCAAAUUAUAAGAGCUAACAAACGGAUAAAACAAAAGAGAGGAUUUUUUUUUUUUUUGGUCCUGUUGAGUGUUUUUCGGUGGAAGAUAAUGAGAUUCAAAGUGCUUCUCUUUAUGCUCUUUUGGAUGUCUUUUUUUUCAAAUUCCUGUUGUUUUUUUAUUAUAUAUAUAUAUAUUUAUAGCAUUAUAUAUAUAUAAUUUUUUACCAUUCAUUUUUUCCGUUCUCAUUUUUAAUUUUUUGAAAUUUUGUGUGUGCUUUGGUUGUUUUCGUAGGUAUUGGGGAUGUGAGAACCUGGGCAAAAUUUGGCUUAAUUUUCCAAUCCUGUACUGCGCUGGUGUGUUUUGAUACAAAGACAUUUUACGCCCUGUGAUAUGCACUUUACAUCUUCCAAUUUAAAAAAUACUACAGUUAUAUAAUAGUAAUAUAAUUUAUUUAUAUUCCGCUCUGUCUCCCCGAUGGGACUCAGAGGGGAUUGCAAGUACAUAUAUGGCAAGCAUUCAGUGCCAUUAUACAAUUGACAACAAAGUCAGACAGUACACAAACAGAGGUAAGGCUUCCCUCUUUUUCCAUCUCCGGCAUUUGGACGUUGUGCUCGACUCAGCCAUGAGGAGGUGCUGUUGUUCCCAUCUUCCACACCAAGGAACUUUGUUGCCUUCCUGAUCAAACUGCUGGCAUGUUUUUUCCCAGGGGAGCCUUUUACCUCCCCGUUAAAGCAGUACCUAUUUAUCUACUCACAUUGCUGUUUUCGAACUCCUAGGUAGGCAGAAGCUAGGCUGAUGGCGGGAGCUCACGCUGUUGGCGGCUUGAAAUGCCAACCUUUUGGUCAACAAGACCUUCUGUAGCUGGUGGUUAACUGUUCUUUUAAUUUAUUGAUCGCCCUUUUAUUUGAUUGAUUUUUUUCCUGUUGUGGGCCUCAAGCAAAAGAUAAUGUACACCGUUGGAUGUGAUAUGUGAGGUAUAAGCAUCUGAACCUCUGCUUGUUCCCAUGCAUAUAUGGAGAUCCUGAGUCCUUUGAGGAGAUAGGGCGGUAUAUAAAUAAAGUAUUAUUAUUAUUAUUAUUAUUAUUAUUAUUAUUAUUAUUAUUAUUAUUAUUAUAUUAUGUCACAGCAAACAAGAUAGAUAUGCUGGAUUUUGUAUCAGAAAAUCACAAGUCGAACACUUCCCAAGCGUUUAGGACUGUGUGAUGUAUUUUCGGAUGAUGUGCGCAGAUCCCAGUAGGGUGGCCUUUUGCAGUUGGCAGAUCAUAAUUUUGUCAAUAUCUAUUGUUUCCAAAUGCCGGCUGAGAUCUUUUGGCACAGGACCCAGUGUGCCCAUCACCACCGGGACCACCUGUAUUGGUUUCUGCCAGAGUCUUUGAAGUUCAGUCUUGAGGUCCUGAUAGCGGCUGAGUUUUUCCUGUUGUUUUUCAUCAAUGCGACUGUCACCUGUGAUGGUUUGGAUCAUUGAUGUUGCCAUCCCAGGUGAUGGCAACAUCAAUGAUCCAAACCUUAUUAUUAUUAUUAUUAUUAUUAUUAUUAUUAUUAUUAUUAUUAUUAUUUGAAACACAACAAGAUGAGUCCACAGCAGACACUAUGCUGGCUGUUGUAUUGGAUCACAUAGAAUCAUAGAAUCAUAGAAUAGUAGAGUUGGAAGAGACCACAUGGGCCAUCUAGUCCAACCCCCUGCUAAGAAGCAGGAAAUCGCAUUCAAAGCACCCCCGACAGAUGGCCAUCCAGCCUCUGCUUAAAAGCCUCCAAGGAAGAAGCCUCCACCACGGCCCCGGGGAGAGAGUUCCACUGUCGAACAGCUCUCACAGUGAGGAAGUUCUUCCUGAUGUUCAGGUGGAAUCUCCUUUCCUGUAGUUUGAAGCCAUUGUUCCGUGUCCUAGUCUGCAGGGCAGCAGAAAACAAGCUUGCUCCCUCUUCCCUAUGACUUCCCUAUGACAUGUCGGACACUUCCCAAGUGUCUAGGACUGUGUGAUAUUAUUAUUAUUAUUAUUAUUAUUAUUAUUAUUAUUAUUAUUAUUAUUAUUAUUAUAAUCAUAGAAUAAUAGAGUUGGAAGAGACCUUAUGGGCCAUCCAGUCCAACCCCCUGCCAAGAAGCAGGAAAUUAUUAUUAAUAUUAUUAUCCUGUGCAUUUACAGUACUCCAUUCCCUCUGAGGACCCUUCCAUACAGCCAUAUGACCCAGAAUAUUAAGGUACGAAAUCCCACAAUAUCUGCUUUGAACUGGAAUAUAUGCCAGUGUCAGAUAAUGCAGUUCAAAGCAGAUCUUGUGAGAUUUUCUGCCUUGAUAUUCUGGGUUAUAUGGCUGUGUGGAAGGGCCCUGAGGCAGUUGGCAACCUCCUUGUACUGGCAUCCAAGGAGUUCUGAUUUUCCACUGCAAUCGUUUUCUGAAUCAGAGCCACAGAGAGCCAUGUGUAUGAUAUAUAUCUUAUGGAAUAUGUGCAAGGAUGCAUACUCUCCUAUCGUCCAAAUCUGGUAGAGAGAAUCCCAAUUAAUCCACUGCUGUCCCACUUGUUCAGCUACUUUUAAAAUGUCCUGGUUUCCCUCUCCUCCUGCCAUUUUCCUCCUUUAGCCCCAAACAAGACAAAGCUCCUACUGCCAUCAAAGCACAAACUCCACUUAGCUCUGUUAGUUCCCACCGGUAUAUUUCAAAAUUCAAGCAUUCAUGUGUAAUUCAGUAAUAUCUGAGAUGCUUUUUAUCAAGCCAAGUAGUGUUGGCACAAUACUGCAAUUGUCGUUGUCAUAUUCAUUAUCAUCAUCAUAAUUUCUGUCCAUGAUCCUGUUUUGCUGGAUGUCUACUGUAUUGUGAUUUUUUUUCUCUGUGUUUACUUCAUACGGUACUCUUCUUUCUUCCUUCCCUCUUUUCUUUCUGACACCAAGUUGUCUGGGAUGCUGUGAGUUUUCCUGGCAGUAUGGCCAUGUUCCAGAAACAUCCUCUCCUGACGUUUCGCCUAAAUCUAUGACAGGCAUCCUCAGAGGUUGUGAGGUCUGUUAGAAACUAUGAAAGUGGGGUUUAUAUAUCUGGAAUGUCCAGGGUGAGACAAAGAACUCUUGUCUGUUUGAGGCAAGUGUGAAUGUUGCUAUUGGCCAGCUUGAUUGGCAUCGAAUAGCUAAUCAAAUCCUGGCUGCUUCUUGCCCUGGGCAAUCCUUUGUUGGGAGGUAUUAGCUUGUCCUGAUGAAUGCUUCAAUUGGCCAUAAUGAUUAGCAUGUAAUGGCCUUUCAGCUUCAAAGCCUGACUGCUUCCUCCCAGGGGGAAUCUUUUGUUGGGAGGUGUUAGCUGCUCCUGAUUGUUUCCUGUCUGGAAUUCUCCUGUUUUCUGAGUGUUGUUCUUUAUUUACUGUCCUGGUUUUAGAGUUUUUAAAUACUGGUAGCCAGGUUGUGUUCAUUUCCAUGGUUUCCUGCUUUCUGUUCAAAUUGUCCACAUGCUUGUGGAUUUCAAUGGCUUCUCUAUGUAGUCUGACAUGGUGGUCGUGAGAGUGGUCCAGCAUUUCUGUCUUCUCCAAUACUAUGCCAUGUCCAGGUUGGUUCAUCAAGUGCUCUGCUAUGGCUGAUUUCUCUGGUUGAGUGAGUCUUCAGUGCCUUUCAUGUUCCUUGAUUCAUGUUUGGGCAAUGCUGCGUUUGGUGGUCCCUAUGUAGACUGUAUGGUCUGCAGAGGUGAGAGGAUCUAUCUUGUCCUUUGCUGAACGUAGCAUUUGUUGGAUUUUCUUGGUAGGUCUGUAGAUAGUUUGUACGUUGAGUUUCUUCAUCUUUUUCCCUAUGUGCUCAGUGGUUCCCUUGAUGUGUGGUAAGAACACUUUUCCUCUGAUGUAUGGUAGAUAUAUAAACCCCACUUGCCUAGUUUCCAACAGACCUCACAUCCUCUGAGGAUGCCUGCCAUAGAUGUGGGGAAAACGUCAGGAGAGACUGCUUCUGGAACAUGGCCAUACAGCCUGGAAGACUCACAGCAACCCAGUGAUUCCGGCCAUGAAAGCCUUCGACAACCAAGUUGUCUGUUGGCUUCCUCUUUGCAUGUAUCCCUUAAGGGUUAAUUUGGCUUCUGUCCGGAAAUGUCUAAGAUUGGUUUGAAACAAAAAUAAACGCAUUACCUAAGGGGAGGCAAUAUUUUUAAGAGAUGCUCUGAGAAGGGCCACGUUCUCAGUAAGGUGAAGGCAGAAUUGGUGGUCGAUGUGGCCCAAUAUCUUAACACACACUUCAUGAAGACUUUUUAGACAAUCAGCUCUCCGGUCAUAAAUACCUACGCAAAACCUAGAAGCAGGAGGAUCUUGUCUUUCAAAAUGCUCCCCUUGCUUGAGCCAGGAAAAUUGAUUAAUUGCGUAAUCUGGAUCCCAAAUCCAAAAAGGAAUAUGUCUGUAUUCAGGGUGGGUGCUACUAGAAAAUGCUCAUAAGGUGUUCAGUCUACUCUGGGUUUUUGCUUGAACUUUAAAUGAGCUGUCCAGGGUGCUGAGAUCUAUUUUCAAAAUACGAGGGUUGAAUGAAAAGUAAUGCCUCCACCUUCGUAACUCCUCAACAGUUGGCAGUCUUGGUCUGCAGCAGGUCCUGGCUUGUUCAGUAGACUCUCCUCUAUGGUUCCAUUUGGUGGGAACCCUUAGCAUUGAACGGUUGUGUUGUUAGAGUGCAAAGUAUGGAACCCUGCACAGACGGGGAAGCCUUAGCAUUGAACGGUUGUGUUGUUAACAUGCGAAGUAUGGAACCCUGCACAGAUGGGGAAGCCUUGGCAUUGAACGGUUGUGUUGUUAACAUGCGAAGUAUGGAACCCUGCACAGACGGGGAAGCCUUGGCAUUGAACGGUUGUGUUGUUAACAUGCGAAGUAUGGAACCCUGCACAGACGGGGAAGCCUUAGCAUUGAACGGUUGUGUUGUUAACAUGCGAAGUAUGGAACCCUGCACAGACGGGGAAGCCUUGGCAUUGAACGGUUGUGUUGUUAAAGUGCGAAGUGUGGAACCCUGCGCAGAUGGUCGGUCAAUGCGACUAAAGCAACGUGCAGUCACUGAAUUCUUGACAGUGGAAGGUGUCACCUCAAAGGAGAUUCAUCAGAGAAUGCAAGCUGUUUAUGGGGAUUGUGUUGAUGUGAGUCCUGUGCGUCGUUGGGUGAGUAAGUUUAAAGAUAUUGAGGUGGGAACAUCUGACUUGCGUGAUAAACAAAGAGUUGGACGUCCUGUGACAGCAACCACUGAGUUUCACAAGCAAAAGGUUGACAGGUUAAUUCAGGAUGACCGUCAUAUCACUCAAGCAUAAUCAGCAUUUCACAAGAACGUGUGGGUGACAUUAUUGCUUUGCUUGGCUAUCAGAAGAUCUGUGCACAAUGGGUCCUGUGAGAUGCCGGUUGCGGAAACAGAGUGUUGACUUCUUCCGUGACGGCUUCAGAAAACUUGUUCAUUGUUGGCAGAAAUGUAUCCAAUUGUCUGGUGAUUAUGUGGGAAAGUGAAUAGUGGUAGUUAAAGAGAACAUUCUAAGGAUUAUUUCUGCGUUUGAUUUUUAAAAAAUAUUCCCAUCCAAACCCAAAUAACGAAGGUGGAGGCAUUACUUUUCAUUCAACCCUCGUAAAUUAGACUCUUGGGUAUUGGAGCAAAUACACCACCACAGUGAUAGCUGGAGCCUCUAGCCCAGGCAUGGGCCAACUUGGGCCCUCCAGGUGUUUUGGACUCCACCUCCCACAAUUCCUAACAGCCUACCGGCUGUUAGGAAUUGUGGGAGUUGGAGUCCAAAACACCUGGAGGGCCCAAGUUGGCCCAUGCCAGCUCUAGCUUCUACUUUGUGCUACUGCUGAACUCUGGAUCAACCACUACAGUUUGAGUCUUUUUCGCCUGAGAUGCCAGAGAUUGAACCCGGGAUGUUAACCCAUACAAAAUGUGUCAUGCAGCAAUGCCUUAAGCAUUGUAACCUUUGGUGGAUGCUGAUGUUACUGGGCAUUUUUAUUACAUCCCAUGCGCUGCUUCAGCUGACGCUGUCAGAAAGAUAAGGCAUUCCCAAGUCACGAACCCUUUUCUACUCCCAAGACCAAAGGCUCUACUUUUGGCACAUGACUUUAGGAGUCACGCUAUGCCACUCAUCAUGACGUGUCUUUCUUCACUCAUCUUGUCUUCAUUACGUUGAGCGCUUGAAGUCCAGUGCUCCCAAUAAUGCCCACUGCUUUGCCUUCAGACUCCCCUGAAACAAACACAAAACUGGCUGCUCCAGUGAGCAAUUGGCUACUUCAGCCUGAAGAAAGAAUCUUAAUUUUAUUUUAAUUUUAUUUACUUAUUUAUUUACAGUAUUUAUAUUCCGCCCUUCUCACCCCGAAGGGUACUUAGGACGGAUCACAAUGUACAUACACAUGGCAAUGCCAUUAGACAUACAACAUACAGACACAGAGGCAAUUUAACAUUUUCCAGCUUUUGGCUUCACCCCGAAGGGGACUCAGGACGGAUCACAGUGUACAUAUACAUGGCAAACAUUCAAUGCCAUAUGAACAUAGAGACAGAGACACGGAAGCAAUUUAACAUUUUCCAGCUUUUGGCUUCAUGAGGGUAUAGUCAAUUCCGGCCACAGGGGGAGCUGGUGCUUCAUCAUCCACUGUAACACCGAGUCCUUGAUGGAGUACUUCCUCAAUCUUUCUUAUGCUGCUGGACAUUUUUAUAGUGACAUAAAUUUAUUUCUUUAUUUAUUUGCAGUAUUUAUAUUCCGCUCUUCUCAUCCUGAAGGGGACUCAGGGCGGAUCACAAGGUACACAUGCAUGGCAAAUAUUCAAUUCCAUAUGAACAUAGAGACAGAGACAGACACACGGAAGCAAUUUAACAUUUUCCGACUUCAUGAGGGUAUGCUUGAUUCUGGCCACAGGGGGAGCUGCUGCUUCAUCAUCCACUUGUGACGCCAAGUCCUUGAUGGUACUACUUCCUCAUUCUUCCUCAUGCUGCUGGACAUUUUUAUAGUGAUGCAAAUUUAUUUAUUUAUUAAUUUGCAGUAUUUAUAUUCCAUCCUUCUCACCCCGAAGGGGACUUAGGGAGGAUCACAAUGUACAUACACAUGGCAAUGCCAUUAGACAUACAACAUACAGACACAGAGGCAAUUUAACAUUUUCCAUCUUCCGGUUUCAUGAGGGUAUGCUCGAUUCCAGCCACAGGGGGAGCUGCUGCUUCAUCAUCCAUUAUGACACCAAGUCCUUGAUGGAGUACUUCCUCAUUCUUCCGCACGCUGCUGGACAUUUUUAUAGUAACAUAAAUUUAUUUCUUUAUUUAUUUACAGUAUUUAUAUUCCGCUCUUCUCAUCCUGAAGGGGACUCAGGGCGGAUCACAAGGUACACAUACAUGGCCAACAUUCAAUGCCAUAUGAACAUAGAGACAAGGCAUAGACGCAGAGAGAAUUUAACAUUCUCCAGCUUCCUGAGUGGAUGCUCGAUUCCUGCUUCAUCAUUCACUGUGACAUCUUGAGGGAUACUUCCUCAUUCCAAGCAGCUGCUGGACGAUUUUUAUGGUGUCGUAAAUUAGUUAAAUUAGCCUCCCCGCAAAGCGGUACCUAAAUUCCUACUUGAUAGAUGCAACUAUCUUUUGGUUGCUUAAGUCAACAAUGAGCAGGGGCUAUUUUUUUUUUAAUGGCCAGGUGCUCACUCCGACACGGCCUGGCCUUGAACUCAUGACCUCUUGGUCAUAAGAGAUUUAUUGCUACUUAACCAGCUACGCCACAGCCCAGCCCCUGGUUAAUUGGUUAAAUUAGCUUCCCCGCAUAAAGCUGUACUAAAAUUUCCUACUCGACAGACUCUUUCAGGUUGCUUAGGUAAACAACGAGCUAGGCUAUUUAAUGGUCGGGCACUCAAACUGACCCGGUCUGGAUUCGAACUCAUGACCUCUUGGUCAGUAGUGAUUUAUUUCAGCUGGCUACUAACCAGCUGCGCCACAGCCUGGCCCAUUUUGAUAGCUGUGUCCAGGUUGGUUAAAUGAAGCCACGAGCAUUUUUGACCUCAACCUUUUAACCCUCCAAUUAAUAAAUUAUCUCUCACCUUCCAUUUUUCCUUGUAGGGAAAAGUAUUCUUCUCUCUGUGGUUCAAGCUUCAGCAUAUCUGGAGUUAAGUUCCAUUGAAAUCAAUAGGAUUUGCUUUUAAGGAGGCAGUCAUCGGAUUGCCCCUCACAAAAUAUCAUGUACUAAUACAAAUACAUGAAUUUUUAAAAGAAAGUAACGUAUGUCUUGGGAAAGGUCCAGCCUCAAUUCUUGAAGCUGCUUCUGGGAACUUUUUGGAAGCAGUUUGAGUUGUGAGGAUCACUUCAAAAUAGAUUCAAGGUGCAUUGUUGAAAGCAUAUCUAUUGUGGCUGACGGGCUAACCAAGUGUCCAUAUAGGUUCCUGUUUUGAUAUUCACAAAAUCCAAUGAUCUCUGUCACUAUAGUUUCCUGAAUUAUAGAGCAAGCAGAUGCAGUUUGAGACUAGGUGGACUCUGAAACAAUCACAACAAACUUCACAACUCUACUGCAAAGCAACAGCCCACGCUUUGGCAUAUGAUUUGGAUCUGUAUGGGCAUUGAAUCCAUGAUGCCACAUUCCUCUAUCAUUCUGUCAAACUGAAUUCCAUCUAUCAAACAAUCACUUGAAAGAACUGGCAAUUCUCCCUUUGUUACUUUCUUCUUUGUUGAAUUAUAAUGUCACAUUCCUAUGCCUGUCUUUCCAUUUACGCAAUUACAUAAUUUUCCUGUCAUCUUGUUAUUUCUUACUCGUGGAGACCUUUGAACAAAGCAUUUCCAUAUUUUUAAGGGCUUGCAUGGGACCCCCAAUAUGCUUAUAGCACAAUCCUGUACAUAUUUGCUCCAAAAUAAGUCUUAAUGAACUCAGUAGAUAUUAAUUCCAGAUUAGUAUGGAUACCUACAGCCAAUGUGUUAUACUUGUUUGGGUCCUGGAUUAGGACUCUGGAGAGUUGCCACUCAGCCAUGAAAUCAGUAAGAUGCUCUACAUAAAUUCAGAAAGGGAACCAUACGUAUGUCAUGAAUGACAGUUCAAUAACUUUAAAGCAUACAUUCUUGUUAUUGCAAUUAUCCAAUAAGAGAAAGGAUAUUGGAACUUUUACACUUUUAUACAAAGAAUGACAUUGGGCAUACAGACAUACAGAUUCUGUGUAAUUACAGUAGAGUCUCACUUAUCCAACAUAAAUGGGCUGGCAGAAUGUUGGAUAAGCAAAAAUGUUGGAUAGUAAGGAUGGAUUAAGGAAAAGCCUAGUAAACGUUCUGAUUUUACAAAUUUAAGGACCAAAACAUCAUGUUUAACAACAAAUUGACAGAAAAGUUGUUCAAUACAUGGUAACGUUAUGUAUGUAUUGAAAACAUUUACUACAAAAACAUUGUCUACUAAAAGGCAGACUGCACUGGAUAAUACAGAAUGUUGGAUAAGGGAAGUUUGGAUAAGCGAGACUCUUGAUUUAGUCAUUGCAGGCCUUCGUCUUCAGAAUGGUGUCUCCAAAAUUAUUAGCUCUCAUUCCUUCCUUCCUUCCUUCAUACCACACAUAUAAAAUCCACAUUUAUCAAAUCUAUACAUCAUUUUAAUAUGACACGUACUCAGGCAUAUAUAUAUAUAUAUAUAUAUAUAUAUAUAUAUAUAUAUAUAUAUCAAGCCAAACAAUAUGUUUUGCAUCCUUAGCCUCACUCAUAUUCAGGUUGGUUUUCAGUCUCUUCUGUGUCUGUACCUUCAAGUCAUUUGUCGACUUAUGGCAACUUCCUGAAUUUGUUUAUUGGAUCUUACAUUUCUCCCAAAAAUGGGUUUUAAGGCAGCUCUGUCAAUUUCAUAGAGUUUUUGUAGGCAUGAUAUCCUCUGAGGUAGUUUUCCUAGUUCUCUCCUUUGGAAUAUCAAUGUACAGAACCUGGUAUUUUUUGGCAAUCUCCUGUCCCAGUACUAACCAAGGUGGGCUCUGCCUGGCUUCUGCCUGACAAUUAUUACUGAAACUUGCUAUUUAUCAAAAGACUAUUGGGAAAGAAGUUCCACAAAAGUUGGAGUUUUCAAAGAGUUAGAUGUGUCUCUUGCAGCAUAGAAAGGAGGGAGAGAAAGCUGUUAGGAAUGGUGGGAGUUGAAGUCCAAAACACAGUCAGCCACGGUUGCCCAUGCCUGUGCUACCACGUUCCUUUUAAAGUUCCAUAGAGAUUAAUUUGCUUGCUUUGUUUUGGUUUUGGUGUAAGCAGUACUUAGCAAUUUCAGGAGAAUUCAGGAAAGCACUUUUAUAAUCUCCUUUUCUCCCCACCACCACCAUUACCAUUUUAUCGAAAUCUAUAUGAAAAAUUCUGCUAUCAUUUACCAUGCUGGUCUUCCUGAUAGAAACAUGAUGAACUCAAUUCCCACAAGAUUGCUUGCAACGCCCAUGAUGCAUAUUGCACAUAGUAAAAUUAGCACAGUGGUACAAUUAUGGACCAUACCAUUGAGGAGGUCUUCUUUUUAAGAAAUUCAAGGAGCAUUGCUAGCUGUCCUCCUGUAUCUAAGGCAGUACAUUCCAGAAUUCUUCGCCCUUAGUCUGUAUAGUAUAGACACCAAUGCUGAAAAUGUUGUGAUGAAGAUGUUCUUGUUUGAGUCCUUGAAUGAUUUAAUUGUUGGGAUUUUCUGUGAGUGACAGGGGAAACUAGCAGAGCACCCAAAAUAUGCAAAAUCAGUAUAUUUAUAGUUGAGCAUUCAGCUCACAGCAAGCAGAGUGUGAAGUGCCAUGUGGCUGUAAAGAAUUUAGAGUUGAGCAUUCAGCUCACAGUAAGCAGAGCGUGAAGUACCACAUGGCUGUAAAGAAUUUAGAGUUGGGCAUUCAGCUCACAGCAAGCAGAGUGAGAAGUGCCACAUGGCUGUAAAGAAUUUAGAGUUGAGCAUUCAGCUCACAGUAAGCAGAGCGUAAAGUGCCACGUGGCUGUAAAGAAUUUAGAGUUGGGCAUUCAGCUCACAGCAAGCAGAGCGUGAAGUGCCAUGUGGUUGUAAAAAAUUUAGAGUUGAGCAUUCAGCUCACAGCAAGCAGAAUGUGAAGUGCCAUGUGGCUGUAAAGAAUUUAGAGUUGGGCAUUCAGCUCACAACAAGCAGAGCGUGAAGUGCCACAUGGCUGUAAAAAAUUUAGAGUUGGGCAUCCAGCCCACAGGAAGCAUAGCUUGAAGUACCAUGUGGCUGUAAAGAAUUUAGAGUUGGGCAUUCAGCUCACAGCAAGCAGAGCGUGAAGUGCCACAUGGCUGUAAAGAAUUUAGAGUUGGGCAUUCAGCUCACAGCAAGCAGAGUGAGAAGUGCCACGUGGCUGUAAAGAAUUUAGAGUUGGGCAUUCAGCUCACAGCAAGCAGAAUGUGAAGUGCCACAUGGCUGUAAAGAAUUUAGAGUUGGGCAUUCAGCUCACAGCAAGCAGAGUGUGAAGUGCCAUGUGGCUGUAAGGAAUUUAGAGUUGAGCAUUCAGCUCACAGCAAGCAGAAUGUGAAGUGCCACAUGGCUGUAAAGAAUUUGGAGUUUAGGAAGCAAAGAUCCAGAGUUCAAUAAUUAAAAUCGCAAAAAGUUUAUUUACAAAAUAAUAACUAUUUUUCUUAAUAGUAAACAACUGGGUCCUGGCUACUCCAAACUCCAUUUCUUCUAGGGUUUAUAGAGAGGGAGAAAUCUCCAAGCACUACAUCUUUCCUGACAUAAAACCAGAGAGAAAUCUCAACACAGAGAGCACACACCAAGAUGUAAAAGUAGAAAGUCAAAGACAAAAGACAUGUACAGUAGAGUCUCACUUAUCCAACAUAAACAGGCCAACAGAACAUUGGAUAAGCGAAAUGUAGGAUAAUAAGGUGGGAUUUAGGAAAAGGAUAUUAAACGUCAAAUUACGUUAUGAUUUUACAAAUUAAGCACCAAAAACAGCAUGUUUUACAACAAAUCAACAAAAAAGCACUCCAAAACAUGGUAACAUUAUGCAGUAAUUACUGUAUUUAUGAAAUUAGCACCAAAACAUCACAAUAUAUUGAAACAUUGAACAAAAAAUUUGACUACUAACAAACUGACUACUACAAAUAAAGAUAGAAUUGUAUAAAAUGAACUUACAGUAGCAACUUUGUUGGAAAUUAAAUCCAUACAAAGUUCAAUCCUUGCUGCCUAGAGAAACAGCUGUGUAUCGGGGCGAGAGGCAAACUGUGUUGGAUAAUCCAGAACGUUGGAUAAGCGAAUGUUGGAUAAGUGAGACUCUACUGUACCUGCAAAGUAUCAAUUCUAUACAACCAAUCAGAAUGAGAGCAGAAAUAGAGAGGAGAGAAGACCUAGAUACAGUAGAGUCUCACUUAUCCAACGUUCUGGAUUAUCCAACGCAUUUUUGUAGUCAAUGUUUUCAAUACAUCAUGAUAUUUUGGUGCUAAAUUCGUAAAUACAGUAAUUACUACAUAGCAUUACUGCAUAUUGAACUACUUUUUCUGUCAAAUUUGUUGUAUAACAUGAUGUUUUGGUGCUUAAUUUGUAAAAUCAUAACCUAAUUUGAUGUUUAAUAGGCUUCUCCUUAAUCUCUCCUUAUUAUCCAACAUAUUCGGAGGAGGAGUUGUUUAAAGCUACGGACAAUGCGGUUGCUGUUGCCCGUUUUUGGUCUAAAACUAUUUAGUUGCUUGUGAUUUCCUUUUUUUUCAUCAUUUUAAAAUGUAUUUGUUAUGCAAUGCUUUUGACACGAAAUAAAUAAAUCCAACAUAUUCACUUAUCCAACAUUUUGCUGGCCCGUUUAUGUUGGAUAAGUGAGACUCUACUGUACAUUCAAACUAUCAUGCAGCAGCUAGUGGGAAAGGAUUUCCUUCAGCCUAUUCUAUGUUAUCUAAUUACUCCGCAUUGAGGACUGCAGACUUGGACAGUGUGGGGUUGAAUUCCAACGUUGAUGUGAUUCUCAUUCAAAACUGAGACUCGAGGCAGCUCAUGAAAUAUAAAAAUAUGCUUCUCAUUCUCCGAAAAGCUUCUGGGUAACAAAGUGGUCCAGAAAUUGCCAUUUUAAAUAAAUCUAUUUUUAAAAAAUAUUAGUCUUUCUUUUUGGGUGGAAAUUGUAGUUGUUGACUUUGAUUUCAGUUAAUAGCAGCCAGUCGUUUUUCCAAUGCAUUUCAAAGGAAGAUAAGUAAUGAAAGGCAGGUUCUUCUCUGUUGCAGCAUGUGUGAGCAAACUUUGGCCCUCCAGGAGUUUUGGACUCCAACUCCCACAAUUCCUAACAGCCGGUAGGCUGUUAGGAAUUGUGGGAGUUGGAGUCCAAAACUCCUGGAGGGCCAAAGUUUGCCCAUGCCUGUUCUGAAACAAUGACUUUUCCGAGCUUUAUUCCAUUUUCCAUCCGCUUGUACAUCUCCCGAAUGCCAGUUGCGUUAAGCCAACUUUUGGCCAAGCGUUUCCCACAUCCCAACAUUUUGUAUCUACCUCAUUAUGAGUUGUUGUUCUUCUUUUUUUUUUCAGUUCCUUGUGCUUUUUUGUGUGGCGUAAAUAUUGGAGGUGACCUGUAGAUAAAAUAUAUAUAUAUAUAUAAAAUAUAUAUAUACAAAUAUAUAUUUUUGCUUUGCAAUAAAACUCAAAGCUAUAACACAGAAAUAUUCAUCAGAUGUCAUAACCUUUAUCGUCGUGGUGCCCAAUUUCUUCUUCAUUGUGGAAACCUAUCUGAACCUUUUUUUCCCUUCCUUCCUUUCCCCGCUCCCCACUUUCCUAAAACACUAGAGUGAAUAUUCUUGUUCUUGUCUUAACUCUCUUAGUAUUGUUCCUCUGUCAAAACGAUAUUGCAUUUUUUCAGGGUGUUGGGUAGACAAAUCAGAGUUCUCAAAUGGAUAUGUGAAGAGUGGAGGGAAUGCAGGGUGUCGUAUUGAAAUCAAAAAAAGGUGCUUUAUUGUGACCGGUGUUGUAAAAGUGUGGUCUUGACCAUCCACGCAAAAUAUCGUGGGCCAAGUGAGCAACCCAACCAAAACCCAGUGAAAUUUCUAAAUGCAAAGCUGUAUUUCCACUACUUUUUGUAUGGCUCUUUGUGCUGAUAACCUAGGUGCAUGUUUAAUAUUAAUGUUAUCCGUGGGACUCGCUUCCAAGGAAUUUUGCUCACGUGUUUGAGAUUCAAGGAUGUGGUGUAGACUUCCUGGGAUUCUUCCACAAAGGAAUGUGCGUGAAGCAAUGUAAGUUUCACGUGCUAUGGGAAAUAAAUUGGGCAGGGGUUCGGGAAAAACACUAAAACAGAACUUUCUCCCUUGCUAUUCUCAAUUUAUUUAAGUAGAUGAUGCUCUGGAGCAGGGGUCCCCAAACUAAGGCCCGUGGGUCGGAUGUGGCCCUCCAAGGUCAUUGACCUGGCCCCUGUCCUAAACUUUAGACUUAGGGUUGACCUAAGUCCACCUGGUCUUUUGAGGUCUCUUUGCUUACCUAUGGUCUUAUGAGAUCGUCUAGAUGGUCUUUGAAGGUCUCUUUGCUUAGCUACAGCCUUAUGAGACCAUCUAGAUGGCUUUUGGAGGUCACUUUCCUUACCUAUGGUCCUAUGAGACUGUCUAGAUGGCCUUUGAGGGUCCCUUUCCUUCCCUAUGGUUUUAUGAGAUUGUCUAGAUGACCUUUGGGGGCCCCUUUCCUUACCUAUGGUCUUAUGAAACCAUCUAGAUGGUCUUUGGACGUCUCUUUGCUUACCUAUGGUCUUGUGAGACCAUCUAGAUGGUCUUUUGAGGUCUCUUUGCUUACCUAUAGUCUUAUGAGAUCAUCUGGAGGAUGCACAUCUCUACUCUCCAUCUGCAAAGUGAUACAAUCCCAGAAAGUCGGCCCAAAACAACUUGGAAGUGGGUCCCACUAAAAAUCGAAAAUAGUUGUUAUUGCUACACUUUAAAUGAUGCCAGUGGUUUCCCAUUGGGUAUGCUUGCUUUCCAUACCAAUGGCAAGCUGCGGUUGUCAUGGGAGGGACCCCAUAUGGCCGCUGUCUCUUGUGUGAUGAUUAUUGUGGGCUUUCCGCUCAAACACAGGCCUAUUUCAGGGGGUCCGUCUCCCCGCCCGCUAAAGAAACCUUGGAGAAGGCUAACCAUGUGUGCAUGGAUUCAGAUGAGAAUGCAAGAUUGAAAACUUACUCCUUGACUCCUUCAUAACGUGUAACUUGAACCCCUGGAGAUACCAUUUCUAUCCAUCUCUGAAUCUGCAAAGGGCUUUACAACCUUCCACUGUCUUUGCAUUCAUGACAAGGGAAGUUGCUAUUUCUGAGGUUGAAAAACAGUGACUUAACUCCCAACAUGAAGAGUCCACUGCAGACAUUGGUGUCCAAGGUUCAAUCAUUGGUUUGAAGGAGGAGGAAGUUAGUCUUGCAGAGACAUGGGCAGACUUUGGCUCUCCAAGUGUUUUGGACUCAGAGCCGGCCUUAGGUAAUUUUCAAGUGUAAGCAAGCAGUAUUUCCGCAAAUGCGUAGUUCGCUUACCGCUUGAGCCGCCCCUGUUUGGACUCCAACUCCCACCAUUCCUAACAGCCUCAGGCCCUUUCCUUUUCCCCCUCAGCCGCUUAAGCGGCUGAGGGGGAAAAGGAAGGGGCCUGAGGCUGUUAGGAAUGGUGGGAGUUGGAGUCCAAAACACUUGGAGAGCCAAAGUCUGCCCAAACCUGGUCUAUCACGAGCGGAUAAGGUUCAUACUGUUGCAGUGUUAAUAAGCAUUCCUUAAAAUAUGCACCGGGACUGCAUCCUUUCCGACCCGAUAUUUUGCAAGGUUUCUUUGUCCAACAAGGCAUGGUUAUAACUAUCUCAUUCUGAUACAUUUUUAAUCCUGGGCACCUUUAAGACUGCUUAAGUCUCGAUCCCUCGAUCAGGUUUAAGCAGGCUCCCUGCGCAGGAUUGCAGCCACGGUGCCUAAAAAGAAUAUUAAGCGCUUUUUAAUAAAACAAAAGGUUAAGAAAAAACACCCUGGUUUGUCCCCAAAAGUGGCUUAACAAUCUUGAAAUUCUUUUUGCAAGUUAUGCAAUGGUUCAAAAGUAGACAGCUUUGUCUCGUUCCGAUCCGACGUCUGUGCAAUCCUCGCUGUGUUCAUUACGUACGGUUGUUGCUUAUUCCUCGCUGUUGGUCAUUCGUUUUCCCGAUUCAGGGUGGUGUUUUGUCUUUCUAAUGCAAUGAAAUGUGAAAACCAUUUAUAUUUAUGAGGUGUUCUCUGUUGCAGGUUGGGGGUAGAUUUGAAACGGGGACUAAAGGGUGCUUGUGAUGAUGACAAAGAUGUAUAUUUUUCCCCCCAAGGACUCGUCCUUGACGACAAGGGUUUUGUCACUCCACCAAACUUCAGGAGGGCGUUUUUGUUUAUACCUUUGGGCUUCCUUCAGAUCACCAAAACAAAAACAAACCAACCAAUUCUUCUCUUCCCAGCGCAUUCAUAUUCCAUUACUCUAUUUCCAUCAUGUUACCGUUAUGAUCCUAGCUUAUCCUCCCAAUGUAGAUUGAUUGAUUUAUUUACAGUAUUUAUUUAUUUUUAUUUAUUGUAGCAUUUCUACCCUGCCCUUCUCAUCCCCGACUCAGGGCGGCUUACUAUAUCUAUAUAUAUAAAAGAGUGAUGGCAUCAUGGCGACCCACAAAACAACAAAACUACAGGCCCCCCAACCUCGAAAUUUGACAACACAACCCAUCAUCCACGCCUCUAGGUUGAUACAACAAAAAGAAAAGAAAAAUAAAGUCCUAAUUAGAGAGAGAGGAAUAAUUGCUUUUAUCCAAUUGCUGCCAGUUAGAAGGCUAAGCUCCUCCAACUUGGUCUCCUAGCAACCCAAUAAAAAUAAUAAAAAACACUAAAAAGUAAUUAAAAACACUAAAAAAUUGAUACAAUAAAAUACUAUAAUAACAGAAAAUAACUAAAAAUAAUACAAGAAAAUAAUAAAAUAUAAUAAAUAAAAAUAUAACUUACAAUAAAAUUAAUAAAAAAUGCAAAUAACCUCAAAUAAAAAUUACACAACAAUUUUUAACCAAUACCACCACCACUUUGGCACAGCAACACGUGGCCGGGCACAGCUAGUAAUACACAUAUAUACAACAAUUCCAAACACAGUUUGUUGCAAUUUAAAUUAAUUAGGUUAAAACAUUCAUAAAAAUAUACAUUUAAGGCACAUUCCGAGUCCAAACCGGGUCUGUCAUUAUAUCAAGUCAUUAUAGUCAUAACUGAUACUGCUGGUAUUUAUAUUACAAUGCACACAUAUACUUUAGGUUACAAUGCACAUAUACUUGGCAAACAUUCAGUGCCAUCAGACAUACGACAUAUAGACAAACACAGAGGCAAUUUAACAUUUUCCAGCUUCAGGCUUCAUGAGGGUAUGCUCAAUUCCGGCCACAGUGGAUGCUUCAUCAUCCACUUGUGACACCAAGUCCUUGAUGGAAUACUUCCUCAUUCUUCCGCAUGCUGCUGGACAUUUUUUAGUAAUGUAAAUUAGGUAAAUUAGCUUCACCUGCAUAAAGUGGUACCUAAAUUUUCUACUCCACAGAUGCAACUGCCUUUUGAGCUGCUUAGGUCAACAGCGAGCUAAGCUAUUAAUGGUCAGGAGCUCAAUCUGAUCCAGACUGGAUUCGAACUCAUGACUUCUCGGUCAGUAGUGAUUUAUUGUAGCUGGCUACUAACCAGCCACAGAUUGAGCCACUUCCAGCCUGGGGAAAAUGUGAAAGGCCCCGUGCAAGUCAAAACAGCCAGGAAAGAGAUUCAGGACUUGGAGACAAAGUGAAGCUGGAUUAUUUUAUUUUAGACUAUUUAUUAUUUAUUUACAGUAUUUAUAUUCCGCCCUUCUCACCCCAAAGGGGACUCAGAGCGAAUCACAGAAUAUACAUAUGCAGCAAACAUUCAAUGCCGCUUUUAUACACUGACAAGACAGACAAUUGUACAUAGAUAGAGGUGUAUAUAUAAAUUUUUCCCAUCUUCGGCAUCUUGGAGACUGGUGCUCGGUUCUGGCCAUGGUGGAGGGAGAGUGCUGUCACUCCAUCUCCCUGUCAAAGAGCUUUGUUCAUAAACUUCCUCCUUGAUCAAAUUGCUGGCAUUUUUUCUUAAAAUACCUCCCCACGUUAAUGCGGUACCUAUUUAUCUACUCACAUUUUGCUUUUGAACUGCUAAGUAGGCAGAAGCUGAGCUAAAGGCCAGGAGGUCAACCUGACCCAGGCUUCAAACUGUCAACCUACUUAAGCAACAUUAGACAUCAAUAUUUAAAUGCAUCUCCAUAUAAAAAUCACAAUCAAAGUUGAAAACCCAAAUAGUUUUCUCUCUGGGUUGCUGUGAGAUUUCCAGACAGUAUAGCCAUUUUCCAGAAGCAUUCCCUCCUGACAUUUUGCCCACAUCUAUGGCAGGCAUUCUCAGAGGUUGUGAGAUCUGUUGGAAACCAGGCAAAUGGGUUUUGUUUAUAUAUCUGUGGAAUGAUGUCCAGGGAGGGAGAAAAAACUCUUGCCUGUUUGAGGCACGUGUGAAUGUUGCAACUGGCCACCUUGAUUAGCAUUGAAUGGCCUUGCAGCUUCAAAGCCUGGCUGCUUCCUGCCUGGGGGAAUCUUUUGUUAGGAAGUGUUAGCUGUGGAAUGUCUAGAGUGGGAGGAAGAACUCUUUUCUGUUUGAGGCAAUUGUGAAUGUUGCAAUUGGUCACCUUGAUUAGCAUUGAAUGGCCUUACAGCUUCAAAGACUGACUGCUUCCCGCCUGGGAUGGGGGGAAUCCUUCUUUAGGAAGUGUUAGCUGUGGAAUGAUGUCCAGGGUGGGAGGAAGAACUCUUGUCUGUUUGAGGCAUGUGUCAAUGUUGCAGUUGGUCACCUUGUUUAGCAUUGAAUGGCAGUGCAGCUUCGAAGCCUGCCUGCUUCCUGCCUGGGGAAUCCUUUGUUAGGAAGUGUUAGCUGUGGAAUGUCUAGAGUGGGAGGAAGGACUCUUGUCUGUUUAAGGCACGUGUCAAUGUUGCAAUUGGUCACCUUGAUUAGCACUGAAUGGCCUUGCAGCUUCAAAACCUGGCUGCUUCCUGCCUGGGGGGGGAAUCCUUCGUUAGGAAGUGUUAGCUGUGGAAUGAUGUCCAGGGUGGGAGGAAGAACUCUUGUCUGUUUGAGGCAUGUGUGAAUGUUGCCAUUGGCCACUUUGAUUAGCAUUGAAUGGCCUGGGGUAAUCCUUUGUUGGAAGAUGUUAACUGGCCCUGAUUGUUUGCUGUUUGGAAUUCCCCUGAAUUUCCUCACAACCUGCCAUAGAUGUGAGCAAAACAUUAGGAGAGAAUGCUUACAGAACAUGGCCAUACACCCCUGAAAACUCACAACAACCCAUGAAAAUCUUGAACAACACAUUUUUCUCUCUCAUAAGUGAGCUGUCUAUAUAUGCAAUGGCAAUCUGAAGAACCAAACUUCUCCUAUUAGCUUGUACCCAGCAAGAUCUAAAUAGCUCCUGACUAGAUACCCCAGGGCUGACAAGCUAGUGAAUUGUUUUAAUAUCUUUAUUUCACAAUUUCUACACCAAUUUAUGCUUAGGGCUACUUGAAGCCUUUCCAUUCUAAUUUAGGCUAAGAAUCCUGUAAGGUUUUUUUUUUUUUUUGUAGUCAUUUUCUAUUAUUGGUGAAACCUAUGACGGCUGGCAAUCAGUGUGAAAACUGCCUUCUUUUAAUCUUGAAAUAGGUCCACGUGCCUCAGCCAGUUCCAGGGAAAUCAGCUUGCAAUCCCAUGUUCUCUAACCUGGAAGAGAGCAACAUUAAAGUCAACAGGAUAUCCGUAGGAAAGUCUCUGUUUCUGAAUAAACUUAGAAAGGAUUGUACGGUUAGAUUGACACUGAUGAUCAUAACAGUUGCUAUUUACAGGAAUGUAGUACAGAUUCUCCACUUUGGCAGUAGCAAAGUCAUAUGGAUUCCAGAUUAGCUUACAAUCAUAAUAGUUUCAGAGAUACUUGACUGAAGUAUUUUUCUUAGUCAAACACCUGGCAUGCUUUAAGAAUUUUUAGAGUUGAUAUCCAAACAUCCAGAAUGUGUCCAAUAUUCUCCUAAAGUAAUUGCACUGUAGUGCUUUUAACUCACACUUCAACCUAUUUAUUUUAUUUACAGUAUUUAUAUUCCACCCUUCUUUCUCACCCCAAAGGGAACACAGGGCGGAUCACAACAUACACAUACAAGGCAAACAUUCAAUUCCAUAUGAACAUAGAUACAGAGACAAAGACAGACACAGAGGCAAUUUAACCUUCUCCAGCUUCCUGAGGGUAUGCCUGAUUCUGGCCACAGGGGGAGCUGCUGCUUCAUCAUCCACUAUGACGGCAACUUCCUCAUUCCAAACGCUACUGGACGAUUUUAUGGUGUCGUAAAUUAGUUAAAUUAGCCUCCCCACAUAUAAGUGGUACCUAAAUUUCCUACUUGAUAGAUGCAACUAUCUUUCGGGUUGCUUAGGUCAACAACGAGCAGGGCUAUUUUUUAUUUUAAUGGUCGGGUGCUCAUUCCAACACGUGCUGGCCUCGAAAUCAUGACCUCUUGGUCAUAGUGAUUUAUUGCAGCUGGCUACUAACCAGCCUGCGCCACAGCCCAGCCCUGUAAAUACUGUACAUAAAAUAAAUAAAUAAUAAACCUGCUAGUACCGUUGUUGACUAUGUUGAAGUAAAAAUGCCCAAAUGGGUGGCUGUUCCCACAAGGCUUGGUUCUUCUGAUGGCAGGAAAAUAUUAUGGUCUAGCUUAUUGAUCAGUUGCAUUUUCAAUCAAAUCCUUUUCCCCCCAAAUCAUGAAUAGCCAUUGACAUUUUUGCGUGGUCAUUGGCUUAGAGUAGGCACCUCUAGUAAACAAGCACUGGCCAAAGGAAGUUCCAUCCCAGGACUUGACUGUUACCUUUUCUUGGAGAUGGAAGUUCUAAAAAAAGUAGGAGAAAGGGAAUUACAUUUGAUACUUUGGCAAUAAUUUCAUGACAUUCUUUUGGGCACACAAGAAUUUCUUCUUGCUCCUGUCUUUCUGCUUCAAAGUGGAACAACAAGUGAACUCUCACCCAGAGUUUAUAUUUUGGCAUUUAUUUUAAUAUCCUGUCAGCGGGGAUGAUGGGUAGCAGAGUGAAAUCCAAAAAUUCACCAUCCCGGUUCACCUCCUUCUACACAAUACCCUGACAUAUCCCACCAGUCAAACAAAUAUAAUUCAUGCCAGUUUAUUGAUUUUUUGAAUUUAUUUACAGUUUUUAUACACCAUAAAAUACUCAGAGCGGCUUACAGAACACAUAUACGGCAAACAUUCAAUGCCGAUUAUACAAUUAACAGGACAGACAACACAGAGGUAAAAGCAGUUUUUCCCAUCUUAUUUCCGGCAUCUUGGAGGUUGUGUUUGACUCUGGCCACGGGGAGUGCUGUUGCUCCAUCUUCAAUGCCAAGGAGCUUCCUCCUAAUCGAUGCCCUUAAGGACGCCUUUAUUACCUUCCUGCUAAAAGUGGUACCUAUUUAUCUACUCGCAUUCCCGCUUUCAGCCUGCUAGGUGAGCUGGGGCUAACUACACAACCAUAGUUCCUAGGUCACCUGCUGACUGGAACAUAGCACAACAGAAAACAUAGAAAGGCAGUUUUCUUUUCAACAAACUACAGUACACAGAAUUGCCCAUUGCCCAGUCCCAUCCAUAUAAAGGAAGCAUUUUGUGUUCCUUUCUGCUUAGGAUGAUCAGCUUGUGUGGAUGGGCCUAGUGUGGAAGAUAAAAAACACUGCACUACUGGAAAGAUAGUCUAACUACAGUCAGGUCUUCUGAUAACCUAAUAAUAAUAAUACUUUAUUUUUCUAUCCCGCCACCAUCUUCCCGAACGGACUCGGGGUGGCUAACAUGGGGCAAUGCCCAAAACAAAACAGAAUAAAGCAAUUACAACGAAUAUCAAAACAAAACAGUAAUAACAUAGAUCAAAUAAAAUAAACAAUUUAAACGUUAUAAAAAUACAAUAAAACACAUAAAAUCAGAACAAAUGAUUGGGGCAAUUUUCCCUCUAGAGCAGUGGAUCUUAAUCAGGUGUUUUAGCCCACAAAUCCCAGAAAUCCCAGCCAGUUUACAAGCUGUUGGGAUUUCUGGGAGUUGAAGGCCAAAACAUCUGGGGACUCACAAAUUGAGAACCACUGCUGUAGAGCAAAUGGCUAGUGGUCCAUGUUCCUAGUCAUAGGUGGCCAUAAGACCAGGUUAGGCCAAGUGACUUCCCAUACUAAAAUCCCAUAAUGUUGUUGGUACAGCUAAGAGUUGGAUUUAAAUUCACCAGUUUCUCCCACCAUAUACAGUAGAGUCUCACUUAUACAAUAUAAACAGGCAAGCAGAACAUUGGAUAAGCGAACACGUUGGAUAAUAAGGAGGGAUUAAGGAAAAGCCUAUUAAACGUCAAAUUAUGUUAUGAUUUUACAAAUUAAGCACCAGAACUUCAUGCUUUACAACAAAUGGAUAGCAAAAGCAUCUCAUUACACAAUAACGUUAUGUAAUAAUUACUGUAUUCAUGGCACCAAAAUUUCGCAAUUUAUUGAAAAAAUGACUAAAAAAACAUUGACUACUAAAAGGCAAACUGCAUUGGAUAAUGUAGAACCUUGGAUAAGUGGUGCUUGGAUAAGUGAGAUUCUACUGUAUCACAAUUUUGUGCUGAACCUGCAAAAUAUCUCCCAUGAAAGUCUUGGGUUUGCGGAUAGAGAAGAGUGCUCUUCAAGGUCCCUGUUGACAUGAAAAACUGGCCAUUCCCAGUUUUUCAUGUCACUCAUCUCUUGCCUCUGCUAUUGACAGGCCACCUUCUCUCCUUCUCAAUAGAUAAACUGUUUACUUGGGUAAGAGAGUGAGCCAGAAUUUUUCUCUGACAUCUAGGAGUGAUUUUUUUUUAAUUCCCAAGCAUGUUUUCCAUGGAAGGGGUACUGUUUAGUUAUCCUUCCUUCCUACUUUCAGGCAGAAUUGUGUUGUUCAGCUUUAAAUGCCCAAAUAUUCUGAAUCUAGGAUAAUAAUAAUAAUAAUAAUAAUAUAUUUUAUUUGUAUUCCGAUCUAUUCCCCAAGGGGACUCAGAGCGGAUUACAGGUACAUAUUUGGCAAACAUUCAAUGCCGUUAUACAAUUGACAAAACAGACAGUACACAAACAGAGGCAAGGCUUCUCUCUUUUUCCAUCUCCGGCAUCUGGAGACACUGCUUGACUCAGCCAUGGGGAGGUGCUGUUAGUUCAUUUUUCCGCACCAAGGAGCUUAUCAUCCAUGGACACAUUCCUGAUCAAAUUUUGCAUGUUUUCAGGGGCACCUUUUACCUUCCCGCCAAAGCUGUACCUAUUUAUCUACUCACAUUGCUGUUUUCUAACUGCUAUGCAAGCAGAAGCUAGGGCUGACAGAGGGAGCUCACCCCACCUACGACUUGAACUUCCAACCUUCCAGUCAGCAAGGUCUUCUAUAGCUGGCGGUUUAACCCUCUGUGCUAACCACCACCUCCCAGAUGCCAUCUCAGCGACUGGCUAAUCCUCCCAUAUAAACAUUGGUGAUCACUGAGGUUAAAUAAAGAUUAUCAGGUGUCACUAGGUGCAGAUUAUAAUUAACAGAAUGCCCUCUAUUCAUGUCCUUACUUUACUGCUGAGAGCCAAUGUAUCUGAGAGCAUGACACACAUUUAGAAGGGUUUUUUAAAAUUUUGGGGGAGAUGCAUUUUUCUCCUUGCCGUUGAGAGAAUGAAUUUGUAUUUCUCAACUGAGUAUUUACAACCUUUUUAUAAUUAAAGACCCCCCGUGCUUUAAGAAUCUUUAAUUAUAAAAAGGUUGUAAAUGCUCAGUUAUAAAUGCAAUUAUCAAUUAUAAAUGCAUGUACACACAAACAAACACAUACACAAAACAGGAACAGCUUUGCCACAAAUUAUAUUUUUUUAAUAGCUUAAGUCCUCCAUCCUUUUUUCUUCCCCUUCUCUCGCCUUCUUUUUUUUGUUGUGCCUUGGACCACUUCCCUUGGAUCUCUUUGUCAAACCAAGCAAAAGCCUUCCUGAAUCUCCACUUCUUCCCUAAAGGUCCCCUUCUUUGGCAAUCGUUGUUGUGAGUUUUCCAGGCUGCAUGGCCGUGUUCCAGGAGCAUUCUCUCCUGACGUUUUGCCCACAUCUAUGGCAAGCAUUCUAUAACCCAGAAAACAGCCCAGAAAACACAACAACCCAUUGAUUCCGACCAUGAAAGCCUUCUCCAACUCUUUGGUAAUAGUUUGUCCAUUGGAGCCCGAACAUCUUUCCUCAUCUGAUCAUAACCACCUUCUUUAACCAGAUCUUCUUCCCCACUUUGGUGCUCUGAACAUCAUACCACAUACUUUAAAGUGCUAAACUGUGGGAUUGGAGGCUAUUCGCAUCCUCAGGAGUAGAUGCCUUCCUGUCCACACAGCCAUCACUCAAAUAAAGAAUGAUCAAGUGGUGCCAUUGAAGCAAAGUUCAAACUGGUCAUCAGCAAAUUUAUGUCUAAAUCUAGGCUCAAGCAAUUGGAUGUCUGGAUGUGGAGCAAGGUGUUGCAAACCAUGCCUCUCCUCCUGAGCAGAUGGACACCCCACAUACAUCAGCACACGUGGCUUACAAAAUGGUGCUUACCUAUUUUCAAGGAACCUGGUGGAAUGGCAAAGCCCUUGAAUCAAAUAACACAUGUGACCACGUCCUCAUAGAGAUCCAACUUUUACAUUUCUUUAAGUGUCGAAAGUUUAAAAACGAAAAAAAACUGGAUAAAAAAACCAUUAAAAAACGGAUUAUAUGCUUUUUAUUAAGGCAAAACAAUGUGCUUGUGAAUUUGUGAUAUUGCUGUUAUUUUGUAAAUGUUUAAGAAAAAAAACUGUAUUUCAAGUUGGAUAGCCAUUCUGUGCUGGGUUUUUAAAAUCUCUGACUGGUGCAUACACUCAAAACAUCAGGGACCUACUGUACAUAAAAAAGAAAACAGCUACAAUCUACAGUUACUGUAAACCAAUAUACACACCUUUUACUGUAAUGGAAAACCUUGCACUGUAAUGGUUAUUGUUUAAAAAAAAUCUCUUGUCAGAAAAUGAUUUUGUAUCUUUGAUUAUUAUAUAUCGGGAAAUUUUAAUGUAUUUGUAUACUUGCCAUGAUCAACGGGGGGAAAGCAUUUGACACAAUCGAGUUUUCCUUUCUCCAACCUGAUGCAUGCUUUGCUUUACGACCGCGGGUGGGCGGGUUAUGGUUAAAAGUUGAUCAUUCGAAUUUUUGAAAAGGUGACCCAAACCAUCAGCUUUGUUUUUCAAAAGCCAAGGCGCUGGUUCAAGCGACGCUACAUCCGAAAGGAAAAAAAAAAAUCGUAAAGACAUGUUACCCUUGCGACUCCCUAUUCCAUGUGCUGUUAUCUAGCCACAUUCCCCACCAUGGGUAGGUAGGACACUGAAGCCAAUAAGAGAUCUUUGAAAUCACACACAACCACAACAUUGAUUUACUUUGUCUUCCCAACCCAGUUUUGGUUUCGAAUCAAACGGACUUGGAAUCAACACGACGUCACGGUUCUUCCUGCUUUCCAAUGCCAAUACACUCUGCGUCCAAACAUCCUGUUUCGAAGCAAAGAGCAUUUUUUGACGUGGAGCCAAUUUCGAGACAAUUCUUUCUCUCUUUCCCCCUCUUUCUCCCCUUUCUCCUACUGUGGUUUAGACAUAUAUUUUUGUUGUUCUAAUGGCCUUUCUCAUUUGGUGGAAGAUAUUGGUUUUCCCUUCCUUGGCCGGCUCCUCGUCCGGCUCCACUCCUUCCUCAUGUCAUUCCAUCUUUUUUACAAAAGGAAAAAAAUAUAUAUAUACAAACAAACAAAGGAACAAAUACUCUUUUUCUUUUCUCUCUCUCUCUCUUCUCUCUCUCUUUCUCUUUCUCUCUCUCUCUCUAGGAUGUGUAAUGUUGUGUUGUCCGGAUUCUGUAUAAAAACAAAAAAAAUAUGUAUAUGAUGAUGUAUCUGAUAUUUGGCAGCCUCCGGCUGCAACUUUAACCAAUAUAAUUAACAAAGAAAUGCAUAAUGUUGGUGUUUUAAAAAAGUUUUAAAAAAACAUAGUUAAGAUGUUUGUGUAAAAUUGCAUGGUUUAAAAUGUACUUAGUGCAUUGAGAAAUGUUGUUGAGUUCCUCGGUGAAGGAUGGUUUGCUUUUUUGAUUCUAAUGGUGAUUGGUUUGUUGACCAGAGUAUUCCCCUAUACUGUACGUCUUGCUUUCUUUCACAUCUCCCCUCCCCUCCCCUGCUUUGGUUUGGUUUCCUUCAAGACCUAGCAUAGCGUUUAUCUAUUGAUAUAUGUAAUACCGUUCCUUAAAACCAGGUUGUGGAAACGUUUCAUCUGGGGGGAAAAAAAGAUGUUUUGCGUCAUGGUUUGCGUUCGGUUCCAUCUUUUCUUUCUGCUGCAAAGAUUCAGGUCUGAAGCAAUCGGCUACUUUCAUGAGUUCCUUUAAAUCACUGUGGAAACUGGAGGCUGGAUAUUUGGAGAGAAUAAUAAUAUAUAAUAUGCUUUAUUUAUAUUCCGCUCUUUCUCUCUGAGGGGACUCAGGGCGGAUUACAGAACACAUAUACGGCAAGCAUUCGAUGCCGUUAUACAGUUGACAAGGACAGACAAUACAUAGACAGAGGUAAAGGCUUUCCCCAACUUUCCCAUUUCUGGCAUCUGGACGCUGUGCUCGACUCCGGCCACGGGGUGGUGCUGUUGCGCCAUCUUCCAUGCCGAGGAGCUGUGUUGUCUUUUAGCCGUCCUCCAAAUCCAGUUGCCUUAUGGGGUGCCUUUUAUAACCUUCUUGCUUUUUAAAAGUGGUACCUAUUUUUCUACUUUCAUUUCUGCUUUCAACCUGCUAGGUGAGCAGAGAACUGGGGCUGAUGGCAGGUGCUCACCCCAACCCAGGCUUGAACUGCCGACCUUUCGAUCAGUAAGAUUUUCUGCAGGCUGAGCUAAGCAUAGAAUCGCAGAAUUUUUGAACUCGGAAGAGACUUUGGAGGUUAUCUAGUCCAAGCCCCUGUGUACAGCAGGAGUCCAGCCCUAAUGGAUGGGCUCUAAUCAGUAACUUUAGUCCUUUAGUGGACUUCAGCUGCCAGAACCCCUGUCUUCUCACCAAGCAGAUAUCUGGAAACUGAUGUACAAAACACCUGUAAGAGCAAAGUUUGGGAACCACUGGUUUAAAAUGAUUCAAGAAAGGGCAGAACAUCACUGCCAAUGACCACUUGCUCCCCUGUGCAGCCCUUCUUUCCAUUAGGAGAUUCCCACAUCGUGUUUAAGCAAUAUCUGUUUACUUCCAAGUUCCACCCAUUGGUUGGAAAUCCUGUCCUGAGGUGCAACCAAGAAGAAAUCUGCUCCAUCUUCUGUGUGAAAGCAAAGAGCAGUCAUGUCUCUCCUAGAAUGUUUUUCUCCACACCAAACAUAUCCAGCUCUUCCAGCCUUUCCUCUGCACAUAUACAACCUAAUUUGAAGGCCCUGCAUCUUCUAGAUAGACUCUAGUGCCAACUACUUCUGUAAAAUAUGGCCUACAGGAUUGGACAUGGUGUACUAAACAUGUAUUACUAGUGUCAUACAGGACAUAAUAUUUCUGCUGCUGUGGCCUAAUGACUUCAAAAAAUCUCCAAUUGUUGUAUAAACAGCAAAAUUGUCAGUAUCUGUCCAAUUUGCCUACAAAGCCACUUCUGUAGCCAAAUGUGCUUCCAGUCUUCUGUUUAGGACCCCUAAUGAGAUGGUUCCUGUAAGAUAAGUUUACAUUUAAGUAGGUUCAUAAGGACCAUAUCUAUAUUGUUCCAAUAUGGAUGGGCAGGGACUGCUUUUUUUGUUUCAGCCCCAUCAUAGGUUGUUGCAUGCCUUCAAGUCAUUUCUGGCUUGUGGGCUUUCCUUGGCAGAAUUUGUUGAUCCACCCUUGCCUUCUCCUGAGACUGCAAAUAGAAAAGCAACAAGUGUCACUAAAACAUUUAGAUGGAUACAUGUGUAUCUUUAGAAACAUCAUCCAUUAGUUGGAGUAUAUUAGCUUGAAUAUUUUAUUUAUUGAACAGGCAUAUUUAUUAGAGAGGCAGAAAUCUACAGUGAGUUUCCAUACAAAACGAUCUUGCAACACCAUUGGAGCUAACUGAGAAAAAGAGGUUUGUAGCAUAAGAUUCCUUAGAUUCAGUCUACUUCAUCCGUUGUAGUUGAGUCUAGCCAAGCUACAAAUUUCUUUUUCACACUUACUUUCAAGAACAACAUGUCUUUGUAUCCUGAUAAAAACUAACAGCUAUUUCUCUCAGUUUCAGAGAUGCAAAAAGUCCAUAAGUUAGCUUGAUGGUUCCCACUGAGGGUCAUCCAGAUGGAAACAUUCAGUAUUUUAUUCAUGGUCUUUCCAAGGACGAGAACAAAAUCUAGAACUUUCUGUUCUUUUCAGAUGGGCCCUUAAUCCCUAUGGAUGUGCCCUGAAAUUGGCAGGGCAAGUUAGUUAUGAUUUUGCUGAAGUCUUCCUGAUUUCAAAGGACUCAUCUGGACUGGGUUGUUGUGUUUUCUGGGCUGUAUGGCCAUGUUCUAGAAGUAUUCUCUCCUAACGUUUCGCCCACAUCUAUGGCAGGCAUCCUCAGAGGUUGUGAGGUAUGGACUGUCUCAUCUGGACUGGCCAUUUCAUGCACUUCAAAGCUAGUCAGACAACAAACUCCCACAAAAGAGCAUGAAAAAAAGCUCUUAAAGUGCAUCAAUGCUCUGUGGUUCAUAUGAUCACUAUCUGGACCUCUUACUGGUUCCAGGAUUUCCUAUGUAGUCAUCUGCACAGUGGAAGCACUUUCUUCAGUACUGGUUUGGAACUGCAUUAAAUGGUUGUUGUAGAUGGGUCCUUUGUAAAUCUCUCCCUAAGGCAGUGGUUCCCAACAUUUGGGCCUCCAGGCAUUUUGGACUUCAGUUCCCACACUUCCUAACAGCUGAUAAACUGGCUGGGAUUUCUGGGAGUUGAAGCCCAAAACACCUGAGGUCCAAAGGUUGGGAACCACUGCCCUAAGACAUGAAAGCCCAUAAGAGUUGUGUUGUCGAAGGUUUUCAUGGCCGGGAUCACAGGGUUUGUUGUAUGUUUUCUGGGCUAUAUGGCUAUGUUCCAGAAAUAUUCUCUUCUGACAUUUCGCCCACAUCUAUGGGCAAGGUACCUCACAACCUCUGAGGAUGCCUGCCAUAGAUGAGGGCGAAACAUCAGGAGAGAAGACUUCUGGAACAUGGCCACAUUGCCCGGAAAACACACAACAACCCCAGAAGAGUUAAUUUCUGUCUGUCUUCACGGGUUGUACUGGCAUUAUCUUGCUUCAGUUGAAGUUGGGACGAUGCUCUAGAGUUUGCCUAAAACUGCAGAGCUCCGGACAGUGUGGACAGCUGGAUCAGGUCCAACACAAACCUACAUGAGACAUCACUACCAUCCACUUUUCCCUGUGCUCCUCAACUUCUCAGCAUGGGGAAAGGGAAAUGUUUGUGUCCAUGUCAAUGCUGUUUCCAGGUAGCCGCAGAGCUCCAUAUGAGCUCCUUGCUAUCAUAUGCCAAGGAAGAAGAUAUGGAGAUCAUCUACCUUCUCCUUUCUGGUGAUAUGGAGCUUGCUUGGAGCUCUAUGGUUGGCUCCGAACAGCAGCAGUGAUGUGGAAGGAGAGGUGUUGACCUGGUUGGAUCAUGUGGAGGCCAAUGUGGCCUCCAGAUGAUCUGAGGUUCAUGCGAACAUCUCCUGGAGGCCACAUCAUGACAUGGAAGGAGAGGUGUUGACUUGGUUGGAUCAUGUGGAGACCAAUGUGGCCUCCAGAUGAUCUGAGGUUCAUGCGAACAUCUCCAGGAAUAGUCAUGACGUGGAAGGAGAGGUGUUAACCUGGUUGGAUCAUAUGGAGGCCAAUGUGGCAUCCAGAUGAUCUGAGCUGCAUGUGGACACCUCCAGGAUCAGUAUGGAUUAUUUCUGCUCUGGACUGUCCACAUAUUUACCACCAGUGAAGACUCGACCUCUCUUUUGUUUUUCAGUGGGACUUUAGGAACCACUUUCCCUCUAUUUUUGUAAUUAUCCACCAGUUUAUGUGGCUCUAGCUCAGUCAUGGGCAAACUUGGGUCCUCCAGGUGUUUUGGACUUCAACUCCCACAAUUCCUUAACAGCCUACCGGCUGUUAGGAAUUGUGGGAGUUGAAGUCCAAAACACCUGGAGGACCCAAGUUUGCCGAUGGCUGCUCUAGCUUCUUGCUUCAGACUUGAAUUUUCCCAUAUCUGCCUCUUUCCCUCUUCCAUGUGCAUGUUCUUUAAUUGAUUUCUGUGCAAUUUUUCUCCGCUGCUGAAACUAAUGUCUUUUUUUUAAAUUAUUGUUGCUGUCAACUGCAUAAUAAUGGUCAUUUGGUUUCGGUUUUUCUUCACCAAGCUGUUUUCAAUGAAAGUCAGUGGCUGUCUUCCCUUGGACACUAAUGAAUGUAUAUAUUGUUAAGUGCAGAAUACACAGGAGAGUGGCUGAGUUAAGGAUCAGAGGGGGUUUUGUAAAGCCUGUUUAUUUUUUUAAAAUGAGUUGGAGCAUUUAAUAUUUUUACCACCAUUUACGUGGUUUUGGGGAACCCAGAUUAUGUCAAAAUCUCAUGCCAAAACAAGCCAAAAUUUGUUUGAGUUGAGCGUCUUUCUUCCACAAACCAUAUUUUAAACGAUACUUUAAAUGUCAUUUUAAAUGUUUUAUUGAAACAUGUACUGAUGAAAAGAAACAAACAAAAAAACACAAAAAACAUAAAAUGUCAUCUUGACAAAAGAUUUAUACAUGACUCAGAAAGUAUUUAUUUCAAUUUUGUACCUUUCCAUUUUAAUACAUUAUACUGUAUUGACUCAACUGAGAUAAUAUAAACAGUUCAUUUUAAUAAUA